AUAAUAAUCGUAAUCGUGAUGGUGGAGCCGGGGGGGGCGUCCCUUGUUCCCUCGGCCUGGCUCCUCCUCCUCCUCCUCCCCGGGUCUCCUCGCGAGGAGGAGCGGACUCGGGGCCUCCCUCUGCGGGGAGGAGGCUUGUUUACGGGCGGCCUGGGCCUGGGCGUCGAGCUCGGGGUCUGCUGGGCGGCCUCUUCUUGCUUACCUCAGGAGCGGCAGCAGCAGCGGCGUCGGCGUCGCCUCCUUCGCGAGGAGAAGGGGAAGGGGAAGGGGAAGGGGAAGGGAGGCCUGGUCCUGGUCUCGGCUCCCCCGCCAUCAUGCCUCUGCCCGGCGGGCGGCUCCUCGCCGCGCUCGCCCUGCUCGCCCUCCUGGCCGGGGGGGGCCUCGCCCACAGUGAGUGGGGGACACGGGGGGGAUAUGGGGGGUAAGGAAGGGGGGAAACAGAGGGGGGUGCGGAAGGGGAGAGAGAGGGGGGGAUAUGGGGGGAGAAAGCGUGGGGAAUAGGGGGUGGGGGAGCAGACAGGCGAGUGGGGGGUAUGGGGUGGGGGGUAAUGGUAAUCGUAGGACCCCUGAGGUGGGGGGAGAUGGGGGACAUAGGGGGUGGACAGGAGGGGGCGACGGACAGGGAGGGAGGGAGAAAAUCGAGGGGCUCCAGAAGUGGGGGGGUGCAGAAGGGGAGAGAGGGGGAGGGAUAUGGGGGGGAGAAAGCGUGGGGAAUAGGAGGUGGGGGAGCAGGACAGGAGGGUGCAGAAAGGCGAGUGGGGGGAUAUGGGGUGGGGGGUAAUGGGAAUCGUAGGACUCCUCUGGUGGGGGAUAUAGGGGGGAAUAGGGGGUAAUGUACAGGAGGGAGGGGGGAAAUCGAGGGGCUCCUGAGGUGGGGGGGUGCGGAAGGGGAGAGAGGGGGGAUAUGGGGGGAGAAAGCGUGGGGAAUAGGAGGCUGAGACGUAGGGGGAGUAGGACAAGAGGGGGCGAGUGGGGUAGGAUAUGGGGUGGGGGGGUGAAGGGAAGAAAUAGGGAGUGGGGGCAUGGGGGGAAACAGUAAUCGUAGGGCUCCUUAGGUGGGAGGAUAUGGGGCAAUAGGGGGUGGACAGGAGGGGGUAAUGUACAGGAGGGAGGGAGAAAACCGAGGGGCUCCUGAGGUGGGGGGUGCAGAAGGGGAGAGAGGAGGGAUAUGGGGGGGGCGAAGGGGUGGGGAAUAGCGGGUAGGGGGAGUAGGACAGGAGGGUGCAGUUAGGUGAGUGAGUGGGGAUACAAGGGGGGAUAUAGGGUGGGGGGUAACGGCAAUCAUAGGACCCCUGAGGUGGGGGGAGAUGGGGGACACGGGGGUGGACAGGAGAGAGGGAGAAAACCGAGGGGCUCCUGAUGUGGGGGGUGCAGAAGGGGAGAGAGGGGGGAUAUGGGGAGGGAAUAGGGGGUGCACAGACAGGAGGGGGAAAAUAAUCAAAGGGCUCCUGAGGUGGAGUGGGGGGUGAAUGGGGUAGAGGGAGAAUAGGGGGGCAGGAAUAGGGGGUGGGGGUGAAUGGACAGGAGGGAGAGGGAAUCGGGGGGCUCCUGGGGUGGGGGGUGAAUGGGGGGGGUAACAGCCAGAAGGGUCAGUGAGUUGUGGGGUGGGCCCUUCACUGCAGGUGUCAGGAGAAAACCAGCCUUGGCUUUUGCAGCUCAGCCCCCCAAUGGGGGAGCUCAAAACCUUGCUUCCUGGACGUGGGGCCCCUCUUUGUAUCUCUGCCCCAUAGCGGACCUCAAGGGGCCCCAACGGGGCUGCAGAAGCCAAGCCCAGGUGCCUGGCAGCGGAUUGGAGGCCUCUGGGGGUGGGGCUCCCAACAUCUGGCCGCACUUGCUGGAGGGCGCGUGGGGAGGAGAGGAGGCCUCUGGGGUGCCCCCCCAGUAGUUAUGGGGAGUUCUGCCUGGUGGGGAGGCAUCUGGGGCGACUGCAGUACGUUAAUCAGGAUGCUGGGGGUUGUAUUGGGGGACGGAGUGAUUUUGGACGGCUUGGAGUUGCGCUCAGGAGUGUUUGCAAUGCGUUUAGCAACCGCUUAGUAGAAUCCGAGAAUUUGCAGAGUUUCGAUGGACGCCAAAUGUCACUUGGCCCGACCCCUUGCAAGGUUUUGCCCAACGUGGGGCUCGGACCCACGGCCCUGCCUCUCUCUACCAGCUCAACUAGACUUAAAAUUUUCCUUGAAAGGGGGUAACCGUUCAAGACUGGGGUGUUGGUGGUGCCCAUCUGUGUGUCUGCGAUGCGCUUGGCAGUAGUGGAAGACUUAAAACGUAAUGGUCAAGAGUUGCAAUGGAAGGGGGUGCUUUCGAGGGAGGCCUUGGGUGCCAGGUUUAGGGUGCCAGGUUUAAGACCCAGCCGUGGGUAUGUACAUAGGGGCAGUUGCAAUAUUUGGGGCAGCGCCAGCGAUACGGUUGUAGCCGACGUAAAUUGGAAUGGCGAGAGGAGACUCGAUUGCAAGGCAUUGAUUAAUGGAAGCGCUGCCAGUUUAGGAGACUGGGGUCGCCUUGGGGGGCUGCAACUGGGGAGCAGUUGUGGAAAUUUCAUUCAUUGUGACAUUCAGGGAAGAAGGCUUCUGGUGUGGAACAGGAGGAGAAGGAGAGGAUAGAGAAGCUCCUCUUUUUAUUUAUUCUAUCGUAACUUUGUAUUAAUGGAAUGUUUUUAUACGUAACUAUGUGUCCUUGCAAUGCUCUGUUUAAGUUCUCCGCUGUGGCUGCUGCUCCUCUGAGACGUUGUGGUGCAGAAAUCAAUUAACUAACAAAAAAGAGUAGUAGAUUGAAAUCACAACCCAAGGCUGGGAAGUCCUCUGGGGUGAUUUUUCGGUAUCGCGAAUAGUAGUAGCAGAAGAUUUAAAUCCUAAUGACAGGGUGUGUCUAGAGAAGAGACCGCUGGGCUGAUUGCUCCAUUUACUACUGGUAGUAUUACCGGGAGUAGCCUCAAUUAUAAUAGUAGAAGGCACGUGAAGAGGAGAGACCUCUGGGCUGAUGCUUUUCUCUUCCCCCAUAAUAGGAGUGGCCAUGAUUCGUGUUUUUGACUUGUCGAGAGUUUGUUUUAUUGAUAUAAACAGUAUUACGGUGGCACGCUAGCAGUAACAGUGGUGGGCGUUAUUCUAGUAUCGGCAUAAUUAGAAUUGGUAGUAGCAGCCUCGAAGUGUGGUCUACUCAGAAUCCACUGGUUCAGUGGGGUUUGCUUCGGCGUCAGCGUGUGUGGGCUUGCAUCACCCGUAACUAGCUAGCAACUAGCAGAAUUAGAAUUAAUCAUAACAGUUCCAGGUGAUUGGAAAGGAGCCGUUUGGGAUUAUGCCCUCUCUUCUUGUGGUAGUUAUGACUUUUGUACUUGCCUGGAGGGCGUUGAUUAAUAAGCUUUAAUGAAACUGAUAAGAGUAGAAAUAAUAAUAAUAAUAAUAAUAAUAGGAAUGGAGAGCAGAUCUCUAGAAUUAUUCUCUCCUGGACACAAGACUUGUUAUGUGCCUGGAGAUUUUUAUAUGCUUCACAAAGCAAGUUUCCUUUAGUUAGUUAUCAAAAGCAUCUGUACGCCACUUAGCAUCCAAAAGUAUUGAAGCAGUUGUACGAGAUGACGGGAAGGCAUUCAGGCGAAAUAAAAUAACAUAAAACGUAGUUUAGGCUUCAUAAGCCGCUAGUAGGGCAGGGCGGUAUCUGUGAUGUGUCACCAGCUAAACAUCGCGGCAGACCGAUAGAUCACGAUGUCCGGAAUAAGGAUGGAGGCGAGGGGAGCCUGGGUACAAAAAGAAAAGUCGUUGGCAUGCUCUGAAAGUGUAAGAUCGUUGGCUGAUGCCUCUGAAUGUCAGAGGGAAGAUGGUUCCCGUGCGUGUCUCUUUUUAAGGCGUCACGCGGGACGUGGAGACAAAUGCAUAAAAGCGAAAACAUCACAAGGAAAAGCCGUAUUACGCUAAAACCGUAACAAGACGGAAGAGGCGGCGAGCACGAAAGCAGGCAUGAGAUAAUAAACAGAUCGCGCUUAUCUUCCCGGAGGCCUCCUUCUCCACGCAUCCUGACCAUCGAUAACAGUAAUUAAGUGCCACACUGGAUUCCGUGGCCCGGUUGGCAUGCCAGGGCCGUGGUUCUGUUCCAGAUGGCAUCUCCGGGCAGCGCUGAAAAAGCUCCCCCCCCAACCCCUGAGCAGCUCCUGUCGGUCAGCGCAGGAGACAUUGCUGAGAUAGAUGGACCCCCUCGGCCAGCCGCUUGCAGGCGGGAGGUGAUUCUGCUCCCAAGGCAGCUUCCUGCUGAAACCGGCGCUUCGUUUGGACCCAUGAGGACUUGAACCUUGGCUUGUUUGUAAGGAAAGGACCGUCUCUCGGGGCAGAGCAGCUGGGAGAAGGAAAUGGAGGAGAGGGGCUGGCCCAGUGCUCCUUGCCUCGCUAAGAGUUGGCGUAAGAGUUGGGGGGGGGGUCCUGCAGGGCGCAUCCCCCUUCUGCCACGCCGAGGCCCCAUGUCGGAGCUAAUUGCUCUUACAUUGGUUCAGCACCUGGCAACGAUCAUUAUAAUUUCAGGAAAAAAUAUCUGGCAGAAAUCCUGGAGAGAGCUGCUGCCAGCCAGUGCGGGCAGUAUUGAGCUAGAUGGAGUCAGUGGCCCUGGUUCUGCGCAAGGCAGUUCCCUCUGUAGCUCCCAGAUUUCAGGGGAAGGCGCUCCCUGUUAAGCUGGAAGAUACACGCGUCAGCGAGGGUUUCAUUGUCUAGGAGAGAAAACAUAUAUGAAACAGUCUGUGGGGAGCAGCGCUGGUGUGGGUCUGUGCUGACCUACAGGUUGGGCAGGCUGCUAUUUGGGGCUGUGUUUGAGCUGUGUGGGGCCAGUCUGUUCUCCCUCUGUGCCUCGUGGCUCCUGGGCAGUUGCAUCACUUCUUGCGAUGUGUUUUGGGAUGUAUUUUGGUCGCGGAGACCCUGGCGAUGUCGGGUUCCUAGAACCAGGCCUGAAAGAGCGUUGCCGGCAGUGGGGGGCUUUUAUUUGGAGCGGUGGCUUAAUAACAACAGGAAGAAAGACACCUGUUGACGAGAUGAAUCACCUGGAAGCUGGCUUAUCAGAACUCUCCCGUUUCCAGGCCAAAGUUCCUUGCUUUGCGUAGGGACGGUCUCUCGCGUAUUAGCAGGGAUCGUUCUGUUUGGCGGGGGCUGCUGAUUUGCCGUCUCUCUCUGCGCUUGAUGCAAGCAGCUGCCAUUAUCCCCAAUCAAAACACGAAGCAGCCGUUGUGUUUGCUCUCCGCCAUCGGGGCCGCUUCCGCGAAACACGCUCUUUUAUAUUCCGUUCCUCGUCGGCCUUCCUCCCCGACAGCACAUUCUGCCAGGCAAUCUCUCUCUGCCUCUCGUUCCCAGAGAAGCAGGAGGAGGAAGAAAGGGGUUCUCCUCCGGAGGUGACCAAGUCCCAAAAUCUCUCUUAAUCUAGUAUUGUGCAUGUGUCAGGCUCCCAGCUGAAAGGGCCUGUUUGUUCAGCCCGUAAAACUCUGGGGCAUGUGCCUUCUCUGCCCCCUUCCCUCCCACAAUUUCCUGGGACUGGCGUUUCCAAUUUUGCGCAUUCGACUUCUCAGGCCGGACUGGUUCUGCCCAUGCAAAACCCAGAGAUGGGCAUCACUUUCAGGAAAAGACGUGGCUUGCCUUGCAUCUCCUGGGAGGGCGGAAUUAUUAUUUUUUGGGAGGGGGAGAUGCGAAUUUAAUACAGCCCUCUACCAUUUGGAAUGGGUGAAAGAAAGAAAGAAAGAAAGAAAGAAAGAAAGAAAGAAAGACCAUUGGAACCUUAUUUUGGUCUGGUUUCAUAGUUUUGUAGUAACCCCUCCCUGGAACCUUAUGGCGACAGAUGGGAUAAAAAAAUAAUAAUUUUGUAAGUAAAUAAACACAGUCAGUUUGGAAGCAGUUAGGCAUUGCAGUGCCAAGCAAGCACCCCAUAAUAACUGGAGGUGGCCGUUAUACUCUGCACAGUUUUCGUUCUUCCCCUUCUCUCUCUUUUUCCCAGUUGUACAUUCUUUGGUUUUUCCCCCCGUGUUAGAAAAAAACGAGGCGGUCGAUCUGAGAAAUGCAUUUGGCAACCUCGGACGUGACCUAAGCCAUUUUCUGAAAUGCGUUCCUUGAAAGCGCUGGAAAACAAAACUCUUAUUCUUCUGGACGGGACUAAGGAUGGUUUUAGUUGUUGGUGUUGUUGGGUUUUUUUCUUACCCCGGAUACGGGUUGUUGUUUUUUGUGUAGGGAAGCCCCGUGCUUUUGAGAUCCCAAAAGUCGGUUUCUUAAGUGCAAGUGGGAGGCUUUGCAGAGAGAGGAAAAAGAAGUUUUGGUUCCCCCCGGCUUUUACUACAUAGCCAGAAUGCAAGGAGCUCAGACUUGUGAAAGCGGCCUUGUGUAACGUUCAUCCAUCCAGCUUGAUACAGGCUACACUGGCUGGCAGCAGCUGCUUUUCAGUGGGGAACGUUCCGCCGCCCGGCGCUGAGCAACAUCACAACAGGUUUUGAGCAUGAGAGACGAAGGGAGACGGUUCCUUGAGUUUCCCCCGUCCGCUGCGAGUGCGCACGCAGUGAGGUUACUCGCGAGCAAGUGACUUCUGACCCAGCUGCCGGCCGUGUUUACGCGCAUCCGAGUUAAAGUUUGACAUCGCGCGUUGCAAUGCUUAACCGGGGGAUAACUAGGAAGGCGGCUGUUUUCUCCACGCUUAAGCAGAGGCGGUGUGGGUCGCGCCCCCUUCCAGGCCUCCCCGCAAGCGUUUCUCAAACGGGUCCCGAACCGCUGCUGUCCCUCCCCUCAAAAACCGCCCGCUGUACCAGUCCCCCAAACGGCUUCUCUGGACUGUGGCAUUUGGACACAGAGGGGUAUAAUUGUGCUAUAUAUCCGUCCUUUGGCUAUAUAUAAAAGCGGGCGUCGAAGCGGCCACAUUUGUGCAAGCGUUAUUCCAUGCAAAACACGGAGCGGCGUUCUGGGGCUUGGGGGUGCGCCAACAGACUUUUUUGAGGCUGCUCUUCUGCCAGACUUCCCUCCCGUAGAAGCGCGCAGCAGGCUGCCAGCCCGUGCAGAAUGGCAGGGCGCGUGUCCUAGUUUUGAAAGUGCUGCCCCGAAACAUUGAGCAGAAAUGGAAAGAAUAGAAAGCGACGAUGAACAAGGGUAGGCCGGCCCUCUUGCAGGUUCUGUUCUCGGUGGCGUCGCUGCUGCCGCAUCAGUGUGGGCAAUAUGGAGCUUGUUAGAAUAUCGGUAGCUUCUUCCGUCCUUAUUUCAAUCAGACGAUGAGGACUGGCAUCUUGCUUUGCAUUUAAGGGAAGGAGCAGGGCUUUCUAUGCCUAGCAGGUCCCGGGUUCAUUCCCUCUGCCGGGAUUCCCCCCUGCCUGAACCCGCAGGGAACCCUUGCUGCCAGUCAGUGCUGCCAACACUGGCUUCAGUGGACCUUGGUAGUCUGGCUGCCCAAGGCCCCUUUCCUGGGCUCCUGAAAUGGCAGCGAUGCGAAGAAAGGCUUGUUACGCAACCUCAGGUACUUGCCAAAGCCAUGUGCUCACCCCGCAAGGCAGGCUUCGGCAACCUGGUGCCCUCCAGGCGCUCUGGAGUGCAGCCCCCCCCGACCCCCGGGUUUUUUAGUCCAAAACCUCUGGAGGAGAGGGCACCAAGCUGGCAAAGGCCACCCAGAGCCCCCCAACAUGACUGCUGUGCAAGAGGCGCCGACUCCCCUCUCGGGACUCCCAGUUCAAACCAACCCAGGGUGUAAAGAGCCACACGCCCUUCGCUGCCUCAUUAACAAUACUAUAAAAGUGGAGGCUUUAAACGGAGACCUGGGUACAAUUCAAUAAAACUUUCCCACUGAGUUUGGUUUGUUUGGUUUCUGUUUUUUAAGGCCCUUCGGAGAACUCUUGUAAAGAGAGAGAGAGAGAGAGAGAGAGAGAGAGAGAGAGAAAGAAAGAAAGAAAGAAAGAAAGAAAGAAGAGCAUUAGUCGGAUCUGUCCUGUCUGCAGCAUACUUGGAGAAAUCGCAGCAGCGUUGCAUUUCUCAACUGUUAAGGAAUAUUUUCUUUUAUAUUUGAGACAGCCUUCUUCCCCCAAAUGUUUAAUGCAGCUUUCACCAACCUGCUUUGGACUACUACUACUACUACCAUCAACCCCUGUCGGGUAACCAGGUUGAGAAAAGCUGAUUUAACAGGGGGAAGGAACCAAAGGGGGUGUGUGGAUCCCUCUCCUCCCCACCCCACCCCCUGGGAAUAACCUAGGAUCCUGGGGGCACGUCCCCCAGCAUCAUUCCCUGCGAACUAUAACUAGGCAAGCAGAGGAGAGUCAGUCUGCCAAAAAGAUUGCGCCGGUUUCUUUCAUUCAGAGGGCUAGCCAGCCCCUGGGGCGCUGAACCUCUCAGCGUUGGCAGUCUCCAGUCUCCUCAGUCUCCUCUUCCGUUAUUGCCCAGGCCCCAUCCUUAGUCGCUUGGCAUCUGCCCGCGUCGGGAGGCAAGGCAAGAGGGGCGAAGUCAGACUGCUGGAGAGUCGCGGCGCCUGCUGUGGCUGCUUCAUGCUGGGAGAAUCCCGGGAACUGUAGUUUGUUGUGGGCGCCGGUAGUUCUUAGGAGGCCCGUGUUCCCGUCAUCGCAGAGUUGAAUUUCCCUGUGUGGGGAAGAGGGGCUGGCUCUUUAAAGGCACACGGAAGAACAGAAGAAGAUCUUUCUGGGUCAGGCCGGCGGCUCUUCUCGCAGAGAUGCGUGUGCGAAACCCGCACGUUGAGCACAAGAGCCCUCCUGCCCUUUCCAGCAAGUGCUGUUUGGAAGCAUUUGGCUCCCGGUGGAGUACAGGGUCAGAUUUUGACCUUUAAAGCCCUAUAGGGCCUAGGACCCUCGUACCUACGGGACCGCCUCUCCCGGUAUGCCCCACGGAGGACCUUAAGGUCCAUAUAGCGCAACACCCUAGAGGUCCCGGGCCCUAAGGAAGUUAGAUGAGCCUCAGCCAGAGCCAGGGCCUUCUCAACACUGGCUCCAACCUGGUGGAACGCUCUGCCUCAUGAGACCAGGGCCCUGCAGGAUCUGACUUCUUUCCGCAGGGCCUGCAAGACAGAGUUGUUCCACCUGGCCUUUGGCUCAGAAUCAGUUUGAUUCCCUCCCCCUCUUUCUUUUUCCUUUCUCCUCCUAUGAAGAGAUUGCUCCCUAAUUGUUUUAAUGUUGUAUCUUAAUCUUUUAAAUUGUAUUUUAAUCAACUUGUUUUUAUUAUUGGUUGUUAGCCGCCCUGAGCCCGGUCUCGGCUGGGGAGGGCAGGGUAUACCGUAUUUUUCGCUCUAUAAGAUGCACCAGACCACAAGACGCACCUAGUUUUUGGAGGAGGAAAAGAAGAAAAAAAAUAUUCUGAAUCUCAGAAGCUAGAACAGCAAGAGGGAUCACCGCACAGUGAAAGCAGCAAUCCCUCUUGCUGUUCUGGCUUCUGGGAUAGCUGCGCAGCCUGCAUUUGCUCCAUAAGAUGCACACACAUUUCCCCUUACUUUUUAGGAGGGAAAAAGUGAGUCUUAUAGAGCAAAAAAUACGGUAAAUACAAAUUUAUUAUUAUUAUUAUUAUUGUUAUUAUUAUUAUUAUUAUUUCCUGCUCCUGCUCUCUGAAUUUGCCCAACCCUCUUUCAAAGAGCUUGCCGACCGUCGCAUUCCUCCUGCGGCGGCCAGUUCCAGAGUUGAACGGCGGCACACUGAGAAUUGGGAGAGGGUCUCUUGACAACUCACAUGGCACAGACUACAGGAUUUUUUGGCACCGGCGGUGGGUGGGUGGGGGGAAGUCGUGACGAAUCAAAAUGGCACGGUGCUGCUUCAGACGCAGCGUGCAGAGGCCGCCCCUCGUGAGUCAUUAAAGGUUUGUUAUCCAGAUUGUUUACUACAAACACGCUCUUGCUGCGUUCCAGAAUUGCCCUCGCUCUUUCGGUGCCUCAAGGGUACGCUACCUUCGGAGCUUAUGUAAGAUGCUCUCUCACCCCCCCACCCCAAACGGCUUGCUGGCAACCGACAUCUUUUUGGUUUUUGCAUUGUGUGCUUCUGGGACUUGUGCUUUGCUUUAAAAUUUAGGUCUGGGGGGUGUGUGUGCCGAGAAGGUUCCGAUUCUGCUCAGGCUGGGGGUGAGGGAGCCUGUCCGCCUCGCUCAGCGCUGGAUGCGGCUCCCUAGGGUUUGUUUCCCAGCCGCACUGGAAGGUGUUGCGCAUGCAAAGGUGUUGUUGUUGUUGUUGAGUCGUUUAGUCGUGUCCGCCUCUUCGUGACCCUCUGGACCAGAGCACGCCAGGCCCUCCUGUCUUCCACUGCCUCCCUCAUGCUGGGAGCUUCGAGAACACUGUCCCACCAUCUCGUCCUCUGUCACCCCCUUCUCCUUGUGCCCUCCAUCUUUCCCAACAUCAGGGUCUUUUCCAGGGAGUCUUCUCUUCUCAUGAGGUGGCCAAAGUCUUGGAGCCUCAGCUUCAGGAUCUGUCCUUCCAUGCAGAGGUAGCACCAAGCUAUGCCAUCCAUUCCAGGAUAUAAAUGGCUCCCUAGCGCACACCUGCCUCACUCAGUAUGUGCAGUGAAACUCGUGAUUCCUGCUUCUCAGGGGGGUUGGACUAGAUGUCCCCUGGGGUCCCUUGCAACUCUGCAACUCAGCAAAUGAACCGGGUUGCGUGGCUCAACAAAGUUGUGUCUGUCCAGCAGACUUGACCUCCCUGCUGCCCUGCAAUCUCCCCAAACAUUUUCCUCUGGGGAUGGGGAGAUGGAGAACCGGAACUCAAGGCCGGCCGGUUCUUCCAGAGGCCGGAGCAGCCAGCUGGCCGGCCCAGGAGAGAGGGACCUUGAGUGGCACCUGUGUGUGCCUCUGGCCGAACAACUCCCCGGCCCAGAUAACGGCGCAAUAUCUCGAGCAAGCACAUUUUCCCUCAAGGAUUUGUUUGUCAAGAUGGUUUGCACUUGUAGCUUUCAAGGUUAACAAAUAAGUCUAACCUUCUGCGCAGGAACAGCAGGGAGGAAAAAAGCCCCAGUACUUUGGUUUUCUGCCCCCACUCCGCUUUAAAGGAAAGACAAACAAGUUUUGAGUUGUUUGGACUAAGGAGCAUUGCAAGAAAGGCCAGGAGGAUUUGCAAGCGAGAGGUCGCCCGAAAAGUGCCUCCUGGCUGCGAUGGCGCAUGUUCUGCCCCCGGCUACCAGUCACUGAGAGCCACGCAUGGGGAGGGUGUCCUCGCUUGCAGUCGGGCCCUUUGGAGCCUCAAAUUCAUGGAGGGGAAGGCCAGAAUCGGAGAAAGGGGAGUUUGGGACUCAAACCUGCAGCCCUGAGAUGAAGAGCUUCAGGCUCUGGCACCUGAGCCGUCGGGAAAAGGCCAGUCUGGCUGGGUCUUCAGCUGGCGGGUCAGAGCACGGACUCACCCUGGCCCCAAAUGGGUGGGCUUGUGGGGUCCUGGUGGUAUUUGGUUGGCAGCCGUGGGGUGCCCCCCAGCAAGGCUGUUCUCACAUGAGGGUCAGUUGCCCCUUUUUGCAGCCGGGCAAAGAUGAGGUUUCAGCAUCUUGGGGAGGAGGGCAAAGUGUGUUGUCGUUUAGUGGUGUCCGCCUCUCCGUGCCCCCCUGGACCAGAGCACUCCAAGCCCUCCUGUCUCCCACUGCCUCCCUCAGGCUGGCAGCUUCGAGAACACUGUCCCACCAUCUCGUCCUCCGCCGUCCCCUUCUCCUUGUGCCCUCCGUCUUUCCCAGCACCAGGGUCUUCUCUUCUCAUGAGGUGGGGGUUCAUCUUGGGUGCCCUGCUUGGCAUAGUUCAUAGCUUCUCUGAGUUAUUCAAGCCCCUUCGCCCCGGCAAGGCAGUGAUCCAUGAAGGGGGGGGGGGCGAAGUGUGAGAUGGACCAAAACCAGCACAAGGCAGCUCCCUCGGUUCCUCUUUAAAUCAGCCCAGCUUCAUGUUCAGAAUGCCGCAAGCUCACUCCCAGGUGACAGUGUCUCCAGGUAACGCCUGAAAAUCUGGUGCUGCCAGUCAGUGCAGACGGCAAGGAGCUAGAUAGGCCUGGGAGCCACGAGGGCCGCCGACUCAGAUAUCUUAAUAAAAAGAGAUUUGUGGCAGGUGAUGGCUGCUUGCCACAACGGCUCUGCUGUCAGAGAAGGUGUAGAAAACUCCAGCUACCUUGUGGAAGGGGAGUUAGUCUAAUCCGCUGCAGGCUCCGUCAGUGGCUCUUAGUCGAACCUCCAGACUCAGAGGCAGUCUACUUGCGAACGUUAGUCCCCGCGGCACAAACGAGGCAAAGCUGUCCGCAGGCUUCCUGAAAGCUUCCGGUCGGAUUCUGCGCCGAAUGGAAACCACCUGUUUAAAUCAAUACGUUCAACUUGCCCCACAAGGAAUCCUUAAAAUGAUAAAUUGGGGCAAAACGUUUUACGUCCUUUGUCUCUCGGCUGAUUUUUUUGCUUUUUUAAGAGGAAACCGUUGUCCAGGGGUCCCUUUUCCAGCCUUGCCUUUAUAAAGACGCGAGGUCGACGCCACAUUUCUUUCUGCAUCUUUAAAAAGAGGGGAAGGUGAAAAAUUCCGCUGACGAUUUACAAGGCGGCCUGGACCUCUUGCCAGAAGAAUGCCGUCGAGCAGCCAUAUUGUUCCAGAUUCCACAGCAGCACUGCCAGCUGAAAACGUUUUUUUUAUUUGCGAUUAAUGGGCUUUAAACAAUUACUCAUAAAAGGAGCUUUCGAGUUUUAAUUGCACGGGGAGAAGGCAACUCUGGAGCCGGCCUUGCGGUCCGACUCGUCCCUUCUGGGUCCCUGAGCAGGUCCUGAAUGAGUCCCGGCUCAAGGUUGCAGCAACAUUCAGCGGCCUGGGCUUUUGGCAGCCCCCAAAACUUGCAGGCGGGCUCCGGCGAGGCGUUUCCAAAUACCUGGCCUUAGGCCGCUGCUGCUCGCCUACAAAAGGACACGCAGGGAAGUGGCCUAGCUGGAUGCCUUGCGGUGACAUUUGUCGGGGUUAAGCACGGGCGACCUUUGCAGAUAUUGGGUUGCCUGGCCUCGGCCGCCUCUAGCCCCACCUCUGGCCCAGCUCUCCUUCUCUCUGGGACGCGUGCAGCCGUUUAGAGAAAAGGGCAGGAUAGGAACGCAGCAAAGAAUAGUGAUAUUCAGAUAAGAAAGACCCCUUGGAAUCGACGGACUUGGCGUUUGCCGAUAGGGCAGGGCGAUAUCUGGUUUUCAGUGUCGUCACCAGUUGUGAUAUACAGUGGUACCUUGGUUCUCAAACGCCUUGGGACUCAAACAACUUGGAACCCAAACAUUGCAAACCCAGAAGUAAGUGUUCCGGUUUGUGAACUUAUUUCAGAAGCCGGAAGUGCUCUGUUUUGAGUGUUACACUUCCGAUUUAAGUGACACGCUUCCGAUUUGAGUUUUACGCUGAGGUCUGUCUGUUUUUGCUGUUUAUUUUGCGUUUUUCUAUUUGCGGCUUUUUUUUGUUUUUGUGACUGUGUGGAACCCAGUUCAGUUACUGAUAAAUUGAUUGUGUGACUGCAGUACAUUGUUUAUCGCUUUCAUUUUAUGGAUCGAUGGUCUCGUUAGAUAGUAAAAUUCAUGUUAAGUUGCUGUUUUAGGGGUUGUUUUUAAAAGUCUGGAACGGAUUAAUCCGUGUUGCAUUAAUUUGUAUGGGAAAGCACACCUUGCUUUUGGAAUGCUUUGGUUUUGGAACGGACUUCUGGAACGGAUUCAGUUUGAGAACCAAGGUACCAGUGUACUGAUAUUAUAUCACGAUGUCCGAAAUAAGGAUGGAGCUAUGGAGAGGCGCUGGCUGGCUCCACGCUUUUCUCCGCAUUGUGAUUUCUGCACAGCGCACAAGUACAAUGAUCCUUGAUGUAUUGCCAAGAAUCAUGAAACCGGUAUCACAAUAUUGAUAUAUCGCCUAGUCCUAUUCAUCAUAUAUACUGGUUUCAGUGGAUCUGUUUUGAGUACGAGUAAUGCCAACCGUGGGUGGGACGCGGGUGGCACUGUGGGUUAAACCACAGAGCCUAGGGCUUGCCGAUCAGAAGGUCAGCGGUUCGAAUCCCCGCGAUGACGGGGUGAGCUCCCGUUGCUGGGUCCCUGCUCCUGCCAACCUAGCAGUUCGAAAGCAUGUCAAAGUGCAAGUAGAUCAAUAGGUACCGCUCCAGCGGGAAGGUAAAUGGUGUUUCCGUGCUCUGCUCUGGUUCGCAGAAGCGGCUUAGUCCUGCUGGCUACCUGACUCAGAAGCUGUACGCCAGCUCCCUCGGCCAAUAAAGCGAGAUGAGCGCCGCAACCCCAGAGUCGGACACGACUGGACCUAACGGUCAGGGGUCCCUUUACCUUUACCUUAAUGGCAACCCAUAGAAAUUGAAGGACACGGGCUAACUAAUCAGGCCCGUUAAUUUCAGUAGGUCUACUCUCAGUGCAGUUUAGCAGGAUACCGCCCUGGGCUCCUUUGGGAAGAGAGGCGUGCUAUAAAUCCAGUAAUAAACAGGAUGAAAUGCAACCCGCUCCCUCCCAACGCUGGUAGGGUGGCCCGUCGCUGUCGUGGCCACUGGCCACGGAGCGAAUUAGCUCAAAUCCCCUUUCAGAGCCGUCCAAAUUGGCUUUCGGAGAUGAAGACUUUUAAGCACUGGCAGCUUAUCCCGCAGCCGGGAGGGGAUACUAAUCCCGGCCCUCUGGUUAUCCAACGCAGAUUAGCAUGUCUAAAUCAGAUUAUGACACCGGAGCGUCUUCGUGGCCAAGGGCUUUGGGGGGGGGAGAAGCAGAUAGUUGGCCUGGAAGGUUCAGAUUCCCAAGACCGGCCCUUCCUGUCCCAAGCGGUGGCCCUCUGGGUUGGCCCAAGUGAAAGAGAGGCCAGGCAAGGGGUGGGCAACCCUCUCCCCAAAAAGGGCAAGGGUGGGGGAAGAGAGGUUUGGGGUUUUCACAUGCUAUGGGUUUGGGGCUGAGUAGCUGGAAAAGAAAACCCAAAGGCCCUCUUAAUGUAACCCACAGCCAGUGGGUUGUAUCCAUCUUAAGUUCCUCCCUUGACUGACGUAGGCCUAUUGAUUUCAGUGGCUCUGCUCAGAGUGGAACUCGGAUCAGCUGCAAACCCGCAGUGCUUGAAGUUACAGCCGCGUUAGAAACUCAGAUAUAUAAGCCGGACUUCAAAUCAUGGUUUCAGUCUCCAAAAUGGAAUACCUAGUUGCCAUUUUGGCGCAAGACGGCUCUAAAGUCUUAUUUAUCAAAUGAUGGACUGACUGACUGAUUCUCAGUUGAACAUCUGGCUAGCCUUGAGCCAGGUUGAGAGCUUUGAGAACAGAAAGUGGCCAAUAGCCAGGUGCAAAACGCGCCUGGCGCCUUCCUAAUUUCAAACACUGCAUUACAAGCUGUUGCCGCUGCCUUUUGGGAGGAGAGGUGCCUGUUUGGCAGCUGAAAAGCUCUCCCAGCAGAUUAUUUUAACCGUUUUUGUCCCUGGUUCUCUUUCCAGUUUGCCCCAGUAUGAACAUCCGGAACGACAUUUCCAACUUCCGCCAACUGGAGAACUGCACGGUGAUCGAGGGCCACCUGCAGAUCCUGCUGAUGUUUGGGGCCAAGACGGAGAACUUCCGGGGCCUCAGCUUCCCCAAGCUCACCAUGGUCACCGAAUACCUGCUGCUCUUCCGGGUCUACGGCCUGGAGAGCCUCAAGACGCUCUUCCCCAACCUGACGGUCAUCCGGGGGACGCGGCUCUUCUUCAACUACGCCUUGGUCAUCUUCGAGAUGGUCCACCUGAAGGAGGUGGGCCUGCCCAGCCUGAUGAACAUCACCCGGGGGGCCGUGCGCAUCGAGAAGAACGCCGAGCUGUGCUACCUGUCCACCAUCGACUGGUCCCGGAUCGUGGACUCCGUCGAGGACAACUACAUCGUCGCCAACAAGCGGGACGAGGAGUGCGGGGACAUCUGCCCCGGGAAGGCCAAGGGGAAGAGCGUCUGCUCCCCGACGGUGAUCAACGGCAUCUUCAUUGAGCGCUGCUGGAGCCACGAGCAUUGCCAGAGAGGUAAGGGAUGCUUCUGAAUGCCUCUGGUUGCCAUAAACCGCAGGAGGGGGAGAGAGGGCUCUUGCGCCGGGGAGAAGAGGAUUCUGGACUGGGUGGGCCUCUGCUCUAAUCUGGGGUUUCCCAAACCAGCUCUUUUUGGACUACAGCUCCCAUCAUCCCUAGCUAGCAGGUCAGGGAUGAUGGGUACUGUAGCCCAACCACUAGGAACCUUAGUUUGAGAAACGCCGUUUAGCCCAGUGGUUCCCAACCUUUUAUUUGGGCCAUGCCAUACUUAAGCGUCUCUAAAAUUCUGAUGGAACCCCCCUCCCAUGACAUAUAAUUCUUAUUAUUCAAAAAGUGAACUCCUAUUCAUGUGGAGGAAGCCUAAAAGGCCAUUCAUUUGUUGAUACAGUGGUACCUCGGGUUACAUACACUUCAGGUUACAUACGCUUCAGGUUACAGACUCCGCUAACCCAGAAAUAGUGCUUCAGGUUAAGAACUUUGCUUCAGGAUGAGAACAGAAAUCGGGCUCUGGCGGCGCGGCAGCAGCAGGAGGCCCCAUUAGCUAAAGUGGUGCUUCAGGUUAAGAACAGUUUCAGGUUAAGUACAGACCCCCAGAACGAAUUAAGUACUUAACCCGAGGUACCACUGUACAGUCGUACCUUGGUUGCCAAACGUCUUGGAACUUGUACAUUUCGGCUCCCGAGUGAUCGAAAACCGGAAGUGAGUGUUCUGGUUUUCAAACAAUUUUUGGGAGCCAAACGUCCGGCGCAGCUUCCAAUUGGCUGCACGACGCUCCUGCAGCCAAUCGGUAGCCGUGUCUUGGUUUUUGAACAGUUUCGGAAGUCGAACAGACUCCCGGAACGCAAUCUGUUUGAGAACCAAGAUACGACUGUAACUCAUUCUCAAAUGGCCCCCCUUAAAAAUCUAAUUGCCCCACGUUGGGAACCACAGGCUUAGCCUAUCCUGCCCAAUUCUUACGUCCUGCUGCGAGGCGGAGUCCGUGGUGUUUGCCGAGGGCAGCGGUCCUUAACUGGCCCAGACACAAAGCCCCCACCUCGGACUCCCAGCCUGUACCGCGGGACCCACCCUCUCCUAUUUGCUUUCGAAUUAACAGUGCAAAUAAGGCACGUUAUGAAUCCGAAAAGGGCAGUUCACAGAGCGAUAGACAUCAUGCCACCCUCGCAUGACCACGAAAUGAAAACGAGUGCUUUAGCCCAAACCCAGCGGUGGUGGUGGUGGUGGUUUUUCAGACUCCCAUUUCAGUGAGACCCCUGGGCAGGUUUGCUCUUCCAGUGGCAGGCGUUGUUGGAACGUCGUUAACUCGCAACUCGUUUUGUGCGGCGUAGCUGGGUUUUGGUUUCUGUUUUGAGGGUUGCUGCGGCGCAGAAGCCCGCUCACAAAUAUCUGUGGGUACCAAACAGCAGCAGGUGGACUAGCCAAAGUCCAAAACCGGUUUCCUUCCCCGCUUCAAGCUUCUGAAGCAAACCCUGAGGCUUUGUGUUCGAUUUAACUUCAGUAGCUCUGCUUAACUUCCGCAUUCUGCCUGGAAAGGGCUCUUUUUCUGUUUGUUUUUUUAUAGUUUGCUCUCCAGUUGUCAUUAUUUGGAAUCUCUCCUGUCAAUGUUUGGGUCUCGCUUGCUAGGAGAGAAGAGACAACAAAGGCUUUGUGAUGGCUAAGCUCCUUCUCCGGUUUACUUAACCUGCCCAAAGCUUCCUUGUCGGUUCUGCGUUCUUACUUUUUUAUUUUCCUUUAAUUGUUUUACAAGCCCAAAACAUUUGGACUGGUAGCAUUUGCAGCCGGUGAGUGAGAUAUAUAUAUAUAUAUAUAUAUAUAUAUAUAUAUAUAUAUAUACACACACACACACACACACACACACACACACACAGAGAGAGAGAGCUUAGAGAAAGCUUUUUGAACGCCACAAACUGCUGCCACGGCCGAACUUCCUUUGUGUAUAUUUUGACUGCCAGAUUUCGAAGGAGCUUGCUACGUAGACAGCAGCUGUUGUAUGCUUGCACAGAUUAGACAAAUUCACGGAGGGGAACAAGGCUGUUGGGGGGCUGUUAGACCCCACGGCUAGGUCCCCUCCUCUGCAGAAAAUGCAGGUGCCUGUUCUGCUGGGAAUCAUCGCAAGUUCUGCUUGCAAAGGCUUCCCCUGCGGGCAUCUUGUGGUUCCUUGGGAGGACAGGAGGCUGAACCAGGGUGGCUGCUACAGAGUUCUUCUCAUGUUCUUAUGAAUUACUUUAAAGGGGGGGUUAGGCAAAUUAUCUCUGUGGCCCCGAUGGCCGUCUCCGAAUGGCAGUUGCCACGGAUCACAAGAAACCAAGCCUUUAGCAUCGCCGGCCCUGUGGAACUCCCUGCCACUAGAGGCUCAGCCUGCUCAGUCUUCUGUGCCUGCUGAGAACUUUCCCAUUCCACCAGGCCUAUGCAGGCUGCUGUAGAACCACAGGAUUGUAGAGUCGGAAGGGACCCCAAACCGCCCCUGCAAUGCAGGAAUCUCCGCUAAGAAGACAUCCUUCCACAACACUGAAUUGGUGCCUGCCUUUAACCCUUGUAGUGGCUUCCGUCGCAGGGUUUUAUGCUUUUAUUGCCGAAAACCUGCCCUGACACCGCAGUAUACAAAUACUCUCAUGGGUAAAUAAGAGGGGAGGGAGGUGCUGUUGCUCCCAGGUGCUGCUCGUGGCCUCGAUCCAGGAGGCUCUUUUUAUGAGUGUUCCUUUUGGGCCCCUGGCUUACAUCCAGCGGCUUCGCGGUGCAGGCCGAGACAGUUGUUUGUGCCAAAGUGAGGGGUGCUGCUCCUCCUUCCAGGGCCUCAAACCCCCUGCAAGUAACAGUUUGCCUUCUCCUGCCCUGGCUAAUCUCUCCUCUUCUCUCUGAUCCAGCAGACAAAACAAGGCAGGCGUGAGUGGGUGGGAGCUGAGGCCUCGACCGUGAAUCCUGGCAAGACGAGGGUUUUCCCCUCAAACACGUCCGUAUUUUCCAUUUCUGCUCCCUUGCAGCUGUAUCUCUCCCUCCAGCCUCCAUCUUUCCACUACUGCUCCCAAAACUGGCCACUCCAGCCCCGGUUUUGGUCCAGGUUUCCCCCAAUUUCUUCCUGAGUUUUCCUCUGCUGCUGAUUUGCAACUGCUGUAGGGAGCGAGCGAGGAAUUACGGGUUGUUUUGGGGGCGAGGAAACAGGGGAACCGUAGACUGCUGAGUCCUGAAGUCCUCUCCACUGGCCUGAUCAUCCUUAUUAGUAAUAUUAGUAAUAUUUAGAAUUCAUUUCUUAGGGUUGUGGGUCCCUCAUUCCCCGAAGGUCUCCACGCAACUCGGUGCACGCUUGAAAUGUCUUGGGGAGCCCAAGGAAAGCUCUUUGCCUGCAGGAACAGCCUCGCUUCCUCAAUUAUUAUUAUUAUUAUUUAAUGAUAUUUAUUAAAGUUUCCAAUAAAAACUUUAAUAAAUAUCAUUUUUAAAUAAAUAAAUAAAUAAAUAAUCAAAUUUUUUUUCUCUUUCCUUGCUGCCGAGACUUUGCCUUCUCAGAGGGUGGCAAAGUUCAGAGGUGUGUGUGGGAAAAACAGCGUCUUGUAAUGUUUGCUUAGGUGGGAACAUUCCUUAGCAACAGUUUCCUGCGACUUAAAAAUAAAAAUAAAAAUCCUGGGAAUUCCUGUAAAUCGUAAGCUGGUCUUCGCUGCGAUCCACUUCCUUCUCCCACCCCAUAACCUCGUCCUCUUGACACGGGAAACUAGGCCUAUAGAUAGCUCUGGAUUAAAUCAGCCCCGUUCUCUCAAGGCUGUGAUGUUUCUUUAAAGCUCCAAGAAAAGCAAAGGAAAGGAAUAUAUUUCCUGUUGCUGGUGUGAGAGCUAUUUCUUUAUUUAUUUCAGACGUUGGCGCAUCUAUUAUUAUUAUUAUUAUUGGUGGAAGUUGGCAACCGGCGGUUGCGGCACGUGCGUUUUCCCAUCCUAGCAAGUGAUAAUAUUUCCACCACCAACACACGCAAGUGGGGCUUCUGAGAACACGCAGAGAGCCCUGCAGGCCAAGACUUUAUCUUCUUUCCAUCUCUGGGCCAGUAGUAUCCGCGCUGCUGUCGUCGCAUACAUAAAGAAUAGUUUCCGCUCCUUUGGUACAAAUUCCUAGUACAAAAAAAGCCUCUGUUUUUUUCACAGACGUUAUUUUAACAUUUUUUUCCAGCUCAUUAUGUAUCAUUUCCCAGAAUGCUCUUGUUACCUUGCACAACCACCACAUGUGGUCGAAAGUGCCUUCCUUCUCCUUACACUUCCAACAUACAUUUGAAGCAGUUCUAUACAUCUUUGCAAUGACAAACCCAGACAGCAUCUUAAAAAGCAGAGACAUCACCUUGCCGACAAAGGUCUGUACAGUUCAAGCUCUGGUUUUCCCAGUAGUGAUGUAUCAAAGUGAGAGCUGGACCAUCAAGAAGGCUGAUCGCCGAAGAAUGAAUGCUUUUGAAUUCUGGUGCUGGAGGAGACUCUGGAGAGUCCCAUGGACUGCAAGAAGAUCCAACCUCUCCAUUCGGAAGGAAAUCAGCCCUGAGUGCUCACUGGAAGGACAGAUCCUGAAGCUGAGGCUCCAAGACUUUGGCCACCUCAGGAGAAGAGAAGACUCCCUGGAAAAGACCCUGGGAAAGAUGGAGGGCGCAAGGAGAAGGGGAUGACGGAGGACAAGAUGGUGGGACAGUGUUCUGGAAGCGACCAGCAUGAGUUUGACCAAACUGCGGGAGGCAGUGGAAGACAGGAGUGCCUGGCGUGCUCUGGUCCAGGGGGUCACAAAGAGGCGGACGCGACUACACGACUAAACAACAACAACAAAUACAUCUCUGCUAAUUUUGUAGGUGUUAAAUACCAACGGCACAUCAUUUUCAUAUAGUUCUCCUUCAAUGCGCAGCGCCGGAUGCAAAAUUCUAAUUUCAAACACGGCAGUCUCGGUCAGGCCAAAGGGGUCCCAUCCGGCACCCUGCGGUCUCGGUGGCCAACCACAGGUGACCCCGUAAGGGAAGCCCCCAAACGCACACCAGAAACUGGUGGCGGGAGGCAUUGACCACCUCCGAGGGAGGAGGCCGGAGAUAGCUGGACGCAGCAUGGACAGGGACUGGCCACCUUUUCUAGUCGCCGCCUGGCUCACCUGCGGCCCUGACUUUCUGCACAGUUCCUGGUGCAGAGGCGCGAAAUGACGGUGGAAGACGGAAGGCCCUCGGGUGACGGCCAGGGGUGGUAGAGCGGCUUGCGCCGUGCCCUCCCUCGCGCAGCCUCCCUGCUGCAUGCUUUCCCACUUAGCAGAGCGCACGCAUUUGUCCCUCUGAGCUUCCACGGGAGGCCCGUCGCUCCGGAAUUCCUGUGGAAUGCUGGCUAUGUGGCCACGCUGGAAUCACUGGGCCCGGACCGCCAGGCGGCUCCCUGACUGUCAGCUGGGGGGCGGGGGGAGAGGAGGAGGACAACGACGACGAAGGCCUCUCCUUCUUUAAAAAGAAAUCUGUGCGGAACGGAGCUUGCCAAACGAAUUUGAGAGCGUGCAGGCGGGACAAGAAGCAGCCCGGAGCAAAAGGCAGGAAUGGUUGGUGCCUUCUCACAAGGCCAUCUAGAGCUGUGUUGUCGCCACGGACUGGCAGCGGCUCUCGAGGGUUUCCGGCAGAGAGGGUCUUUCCCAGCCGUUGGGGAACUAGGCCUUUUGGACACUGAGCAGGUGCUCUGCAGCCGAGUGAUGGUCCUUUCCUUCAAAAUAAACAAGAAGGUUCUAGUCCUCAUGAUUACGGCUGGGCAUCGGAGAGGCAAUCUGUCUGGAGAGGCAAUGGAGCAUGCCUCCGGGGGUGAAGUCAAACCGCUGCGUUAGCAGCACACCAAAGUGACUUCCCCAGGGUGCAAGGCUGGGCAGUGCGUCGGGGGGUCCCACGCCCGCCUUGGCCUUGCUGAGGGGUCCAGUGCAAAGCAGAGUGGGCUGCCUUUAGCCGGGCAGAGGGGCUUCCGGGACCCUCGCUUCCUCCACAGAUGUUGCCUGCAGAAGCCGUAAGCUCACCAGGGAGUGAUUCUCAGACGCCUCCGUUCUCGAAGGAAGAAAGCAGUGUUUUCUAGCUGCUUGGCCUCGGGUCUUUCUAUUUAUUCGUUGAAUUUAUAAACCGCGGUUCACAUAAAAGAUCAACAUAAAAACCACAAUAUAUAUAUAUAUAAUCAAAAUAAAAACAACAACCCAAUAACGCCCAAAAAAGAGAGCCACAUUUUAAAAGCGAAUAGGAUGUCAAUCAGACCAACCAAAGGCCUGGUUAAAACGGAACGUUCUUGCCUGGUGCCUAAAGGUGUGCAAUGAAGGCACCAGGCGAACUUCCCUGGGGAGAGCAUUCCACAGACAGGGAGCCACUGCAGAGAAGGCCCCGCUCUCGUGUUGCCGCCCUCCGGACCUCUCAAGGAGUAGGCACACGAAGGAGGGCCUCAGAAGAUGAUCUCAGAGUCUGGGUAGGUUCAUAUGCUCUUGCUCCCCUGAGUUAACAACAGCCCUGCGGGGCUGGCCCUUGUGGCAGCGGUUCUGAGGGUCUCUUGGCUCCUGGACCUUGUGGGCCUCCUGCUUCUCUUUCUCUUCUGCUUUCGUUGCUGUUCUUUAGGUAAUCGGAGCUCUUCCAGCAAACGUUCCCCGCGUCUCGCCCGGGCACGACUCGCUCCAGAUGUUUUCCUGGAAUUCCCUCUCUCUGGCGUUCCCCAGAAUCCAAAGAAUAACAAGCGCAGGCCCUCGCAGGGGUGAAAUCCUGCUCCUCUGAUUUCUAUCCCCUCUCCGCCGAGUGAGGCUGUCCGUGUUUCAGUACGAACCAGAGGAAGGAAAUGGAGGGAUUCCCUUUCCUCCUCUUCUCCUCCCUGCCCCUCAAGAUUCUGCAAAAGGGAUUUGGGAACUUUCCCUUGUCGGAAAGUUGAACUGCGGAGCUGGGGUGGGGGUGGGGGUGGGGAGGAGAUAAAAAUCUCCCUUCUCAGAAGCCAGAACAGGACGAAUUAAUGAACUGCUGAAAUGCCAAGAGCUCUACCCGCGGUUGCAAAGUCUUUCACGUGCUGCUGCGGUGUUGCAACAGCCUUGCGUAAGACGGGGUGCACUCUUCCUCUUCCCACAGAUGGGGAGCUGCCCUUGUACGUUACGCGCCAAGUUGCCUGCCGGAUCCGCAGCUCCCCGAGGCCUUUCGCCCCCGACCCCUUUUGCAGACGCAGCCCCUGGGAGCGUGCGAUCUGACCUGGGCCUCUUUGUCUUCAUCCACGAGUGAAAUAAAGCCUUUCAAAGUUUUGAAACUUGGAAAAAUAUAUAUGGUUUUUUUGGUUAGCCUUAAGAUUUCACAUGCAGCUGUGGAAUAAACAGCUUAUCUGAUACUUCUGUUGAGAAUCAAUGAAUGGCUGCGGAAACGUCCUGGGGGGAACGUUUGCUGUUUAUUUCACCAUUUCAAAACCAAGCCGCUUACAGCCGGUCUCGGGCCCCUGGAAACCAAGUCACGCCUUGGGGAGUCACUACCCAGGUGCAUCUGAGGUCAGCCUAGCCCUCACCUGUGCCUUCCUCCCUUUUUGAAACCACGCCUGUCCCAAAAUGGACUCUUCCCCCAAACUGCAACCCUGCUGAAGUUGCCUGUCUGGGUUUUACUCAGUCUUGUUCCAUGUGGCUUCCACACCAUGGCUCCAAAUCGCCACCCUCCGGUCACGGCAGUAAUCCGGGCUCACCUCCUGCCUCGCUUUCGGACCUGAUUUAUUGCAGUUUUGACCUCGGAAUACAUGGCAGCAUCAGCUAGCCUGGCAGAGCGCUCUCGAGGCAUUUCGGGGGCGCCUGCCGAAAGCUCCCUCCUCGCGGAUUUCUGGGGCUACUGUUAUCUUUUUACCAAAGCUUUCCCCCUUGCAAAUUCAGCUCGUGUUGUUGGUUCUGGAUUAGCGGCGAGCCGCCCCUGUGAAUUGUCCGCUAAAGUUCCCUGCCAGUUCUGUGUUUGGCAGUAGGAGGGACUCUCCUUCCUUGGAGGUUCUUAAGCAGAACGUGGGUGACCCUCUGUCCUGGAUGCUUUAGCUGAGAUUCCCGCAUUGCAGGGGGUUGGACUGGAUGACCCCUGGGGGUCCCCUUCCAAGUCUACAAUUCUAGGAUUCUGUGACGCGGAGAAAGCGAACAGGAAGAAGUCCCCCAUCCCACCCCUCUUGUCGACAUCUAGCAAAGCUGAGUGUUGGAAGAUUCAGGAAAGACAAAAGAACGGGCUUUUUCACACAGCACAUGGUCAAAACUGUGGAACUCCCUGCUGCAGGAGGCACCAACUUGGAGGGCUUUAAAAGAGGGUUGGGCAAAUUUAGGGAGGAGGAGAGGGCUCUGGAGGGGUACUAGCCAGGAUGGCUGUGCGCUGCGUCCCUGCUCAGUAUCCUUCUUAAUGUGAGUUGCUAGAAACUGCAGGAGGGAAGGGGCGCUGCUCUCGAACUCAGGUCCUGCCAUCAAAUUUCCCCUUGGGGUGCCUGCCUGGCCACAGUGCGAAGAGCAGGAUUGCGGAUGAGAUGGGCUGCCUUUGGGCUGACCCAGCAGGCUCUUUCUUCCAUCCUCCUGGAACAAAAUCUCCCUUAGGCCUCCUCCGCCUUCUGUGAGGGAUUCUGCAGGAAGUUCUGGGACCGGCAGCAAGCGGAAACCAAGGUACCUUUUGUAUUCGGAAGCAGGAUCACGCAGAAACCACCCCAGAGCCGUCACGGGCACAAGCGGCCGCAACAGGACUCGCAAGGAAUAGGAAGUCCAGUGGGUGAACGCCACCUCUCUGGAGCUGACAUCACCAGAGUCCCGGUCAAAACAGUGCGGAACGAUGGGGCUCUGGCUCUCUGUCCGCGCACGGCCCGGGGGUCACGUCUGCCCAGACACCACCUUCCUUCCUGCCCCGGGAAGCGGUUGCAUCCUGGCUCUCGACCCGGGCGUGCAGAGGGCGGCAGACGCCAAGCAGAGCUGGGACCCCCAUCAGCUGUGUGCCGCCUUUAGGCGUCCCUUCUUUUUGAAAUUAUUUUUAGCGGGCAAGCGCUAGAGGCCGGGGCACGGCUUAAUGAGGUUGUGGCGAAGAUUGGGCAGAUGUUUCCUCCUCUGGCGCCAGAUUCCUGCUUCCUUGACUUCAAAGUCUGCAGGCCCUCUGUUCUUGCUGCUUCUGGUCGUGGUGGGUUCAAAUGUGCUAUCCCUGAAUCCUCUUUCCUCAGUGCAGCCCCCCAGGCAUUUUCACUGAGCUCUUCGCCAGCAGCUCCUUGAGGGAAGAUGCUUUUGCAACUCCCUUCAUUAUUACUGUUCGCCUGCUCCGCCAAAGGUGUUCCCUCCCCACCCAAACCCCUUUGUGCAAUUGCUUUGGGGAGGGAUCCUAUUGCCUUGAUUCAGCGCUGCUGAGUUUAAGGGAAAGGCGAGGAGUACAGGGCACCUCUUGGGCUUGCAUAAUAACCGUCCUGGGUUUGCAAGCAGGGAGGCUGACACUUGCAGGAGCAAAAGGGUUUGUGCUUGUAAGGGAAAGCAGAACGGCUGCCACAUGCCACAGGGGAGCCAGCGGGGUGGAGAAAGGAGUUCAGGGGAAAUUGGGGGCUGAAAAGAAACUUGCUUCUUCCUUUUUGACCUCUAGCAGAUUAAUAAAAACUAAACACCUCAGAACAGAGGCGUCAGGUGGGCAGUGGCUGCAUCCCUUUCUGAAUAGAGGCAUCACAGGGGGUUGGACUAGAUGUGUCUUCGGGUCUCUUCCACUUUUGGGAGCAGAGAUGGAGAGCGCCAAGGCAGUGGCAGGAUCUGCUACUUCCCCCUCUUCCUCGGUCAUGUCUUGCAGGAUCUUGGCUCCCUCCCCACCCUGAAUGUUGGCCCGUGUAGACUGUCUUGAGCCCAGUGGACAAAACCGGCUCUGGACAAGGCAGCCUUCAUUCCGCGUCCCUGCGCAAGAGAGAAUCGGGGCUGCAUAGUUUCUCGAGGGAAAUCUCUCUCUCUCUCAUGCACAUAUACAAACACACCCACUCAAGUUUCACUCUUCAGAUGGCCGGAGGGCCUGUUGCUUCCCUGCUAUCAGAUAAAAAAGAUGAAUGAGUUCAAGAAGAAGAAAACUGGUUUUGGUGCUUGUUUUAAAGUGCGCCUUAUUUAUUUGUUGUCUUAAGCUGCUUCCUUGGCAGAUAAAUUUCACUGAGUGGGGUUUGGUUUUUUGUGGGAGGGGAGGUUCUUGUUUUGUUCUUUUAACUAUUCAUUUGUGCUUUUUGGCUUGUAUAUUUUUAUUGAAGGGCGGCAUGCAAGUCUGACAGAUGAAAAUAAGUUGUGUGGAAAGGCAGGGAACUCCAUUAGCGUCGACCCGUAAGGAGCAGCUCACGGUGUUUCCUCAAUAGACACCCAAGGCAGGAACAGGCAGCAAAAGGCAGCGUCUCGGAUUCAGGGCUUCUUCGCCCGCCCACAGCAACACUUUAAAUUUGGCCCAGUAGCAUCUUGGCAGCCGGGGCGGAUUCCUCAGCAGGCUUGUCACAUGUUGCCGAUAACCAGCUCCGGUCAGCAGCCUAGGCGUUCUGCGCCCCAGGCCCUGGCUUGCCCCGGGGGGUGUCCCAGUGCUGGCUUCCCCCCUCAGCAGAAUCCUCUUCCUCCUCUCGGUCGUCCUGCCGGUUCAGGACACAGACUAAGAUGGAGAUUUCCGCCGCUGGAAAGGCGCGUUGGGGAAAGCGCCGGGUGAAGCUGAAUGCCGGAAGGUUCAGGAAGGAGCUGUGUUCACCUUUGGAACUGCCUCCCACAGGAGUUGGGGGAGGCCGCUGCCAUGUAUUCCGAGGUCAAAACUGCGAGUUUCCUUUGGGGCCUCCUGAGAACGGGAUGCUGGGCUAAACGGGCCCUCUGCCUGCUCCUCUGAGGCGCUGAGAAGGCCAGAGUGACAGCGUAUGCCUUAUGCACAAGGGGAAGGUUCUGCACCCCUCGAAAGGCCCGAUUCUGACACGGCACGGAACCACCCUGCAGCUGAAACUGUGCCUGUUUCAUAUGGUGGGGCUAUUUUGUGGCAGAUGUGAGUUCAGUUCCCGUCAGCGGGACGCUGAGUCUGAGGAGCCUCGCACAAACACGAACCUCAAAGCCCAGGCGCGCCCUCCCUGCAGAGUUGUCUGCAGUUUUACUGGUGGUGAGGGGAGCCCUCUCUUCUCCUCUCCGCCCCAGACCCAGAUUUCUGCGUGUGCCAGGUCUCGGUCAGGUCCCAGCUUUGGCUCAGGAGUGGAUCUGACACACCCAUAUUCCAGUCGGCAUUGCCCCUGCAGAAGGCGUCUGCUUGUUGGCAUCCUCCGUUCAGGACUGGCUUGCUUUCCUGUGCCCUGGGCUUUUCCAAAGCGGGUUGGGCUAGAUGACCCUGGGGGUCCCUUCCAACGCUACAGUUCCAUGAUCUAUAAGUCAGCCCACCUGGCCCUCGUUGCCUUCAUGGACCGGCAGUCAGUCUGUCUCUCUCUCUCUCUCUCUCUCGGUUUCUCACUUCAACCUGGGAACUUUUUCCGCAGUUGCCGUCUCAGCGAAGUGCGCAGGGUGGCUCCAAAAGAGGGAUAGACAAUGGAGAGGGCGAUCCUGGCGUGCCUCUGCAGCAGGGAGAGUCGCAUUCAAAUCCUGCUUGCUUGGCUCCUGGGAGAACUGGGCACCGGAUUCCGGCGCCCUUCCGUUCCUAUGUUUCAUGGGAGCACAGCUGCCUCUUUCUACGGUGAGAGGCAGGGCACACCUUCGGAAAACCCGUAGUUUAGUGGUUAGGGUACCUGCUCCGCAUGCAGAAGGCCCAUGGGGCAUCUCUGGGGGGAAACCCCAGAGAACUGCUGCCUGUCAGUGCAGGCAUUACUGAGAGCCUGCCGGGUCGGGCCAAAGGGGGCCCAUCCCGGCCGGCAGCCUAAAUAAGAACGAUGAUAAUUUUAUUAUGUGCAGCAUGCCCAUCUGCCCCAGCGGCCAUCCAGACACCCCAGCAGGAUUCAAACGCAAGAGCCCCUUCUCCUCACAAGAGCAACCCAAGGGUCUAUAUGACUGGAUAUUCAAUUUUGCAUUCAAUCCAGCCUUUUUUCAGAGCAACGAGUAGUAGUAGUAAUAUUAUUUAUACCCCUUCCCAUCUGGCUGGGUUUCCCCUGCCACUCUGGGCAGCUUCCAGCAACAAUGAAAACACAAUAAAACGCCAGAGCUUAAAAACUUCCUGAUACAGUCAAUCUGAACUUUAUUUCUAAGGGAAGGAUUUUGACUGUGUGUGUGGGGGGGGGAGACACGCCUGAUUCGAAUGCGGAAGCUCAGUCACUGGUAGGGGGAAACCCCAUCUAAAAACCCAGAGGGCUGCUGCUGCCAGUCCGUGCCAGCAGCAACGAGCCAGGCCUGGUAGAGACCCGCUUCCUGAAACCCUGGCCAGCCACUGCCAGCCAGUGCCUGGCUCUAUAAGGCAGCUCCCUCCUUGCAUGCGUCUCCAGGCGACGCCAUUCGCUAAGCUCCUCUUUUUUUUUGCUUCUGCUGUUGGAUCUGGCAUGUUAUUUAUCGCAAGCCCCGAUGCUGCAACGUGGCGUUCAACUUUUUCAGCGCUGGAUCUCAGCUGCGGAAAGAGGCCGAAGGGGUUAAGGAUCUGUUUGCUUUGUGCAGAGGCAGGAAAAAUGUCUUGAAUGACGCCCCCUCCCUUCGCCACUCCAAGCAGCCAAGGCAUUGGUUCAGGGAGAGGGCGGUUCUCCUGGGGGAGCCCUUUUUCCCGGCCUGGAUUUCUCGGGAUCGGCAGCCAUGUUACAUAUCUAGAGAUACAUGUUUAUAUAUUUUUCUCCUCCUCCCCGUGGCCUGCGGUCUGGACUCACGCCAGGUCUUUUGGUUUGCUUUACUCCUGUUAUUAUUAUUAUUAAAAUAAUGGCAGGCAGGCAAAGAAACGAAAGGGAAAUCGAGAUUAGUCGCAACAACCGACAGUAAAGAAGUAACAGGAUUUGCUACAGUUGUAAUGGUAAUGUUCCGUGGCCUAGACUGACUGAAUUAGGUAUCGGAAAAAUAUACAGAGAAAUAACCUUGAACCUGAGAGGCAGUGUGGUGUAGUGGUUAGAGUGUUCUGACUAGGGCCUGGAAGAGACCAGGGUUCGAAUCCCCACUCGCCUCGAGCUCCUUGGAGAUGGGAUAUAAAUGCAAUACUUUGUUGUUGUUGAGUCAUUUAGUGGUGUCCGCCUCUUUGUGACCCCCUGGACCAGAGCACGCCAGGCCCUCCUGUCUUCCACUGCCUCCCGCAGUUUGGUCAAACUCAUGCUGGUCACUUCGAGAACACUGUCCCACCAUCUCGUCCUCCGUCGUCUCCUUCUCCUUGUGCCCUCCAUCUUUCCCAACAUCAGGGUCUUUUCCAGGGAGUCUUCUCUUCUCAUGAGGUGGCCAAAGUCUUGGAGCCUCAGCUUCAGGAUCUGUCCUUCCAGUGAGCACUCAGGGCUGAUUUCCUUCAGAAUGGAGAGGUUGGAUCUUCUUGCAGUCCAUGGGACUCUCCAGAGUCUCCUCCAGCACCAGAAUUCAAAAGCAAUACUAAAUGAAUACUAAAUCCAGACAGGACAGACAGUGUGAGGUGUGUCUGUGUCCCAGAUUUUGCGUUUGAGAAGGGUUUUAUAGGGUUGCCCCCUCCAAAAAACACAUGGGUUGUUCUUCCUAUGUGCAGGCGACAACCAACUUGCUAGUACCCACCCCCCCAUGAGAUCCCUUUGUGCAAGUGAUCUCUUCCUUGGCUGGAUCUUUCUCAGAAUACAGGAGGGGGGAAGAAGGUGAUUAGAACACCUGCUUUUGGGGGGGGACCAGGUACAGAACAGAUGUACACCAGCAUCUCCAAGCGGGGCUGGAAAAGGCUGUUUGAAACUCUGAGAGCUCUCAGAGGCGACAAUACUGAGCUGGUCGGAUUUGAGGGUCCGACUUGGGGCAAGGCAGCUUCCAUCAUUCCCAUUAAGCGAGCCCUUUAUUCAGAAUUGUGGAGACUGCCAUCCAAAAAGAAAGGACCGGAGCUGUUGGCCGCUCUGGACUAUUUCAAGCGACAGUAACUAGGGGAGCCACCCGCUGGAGGCCCUGUUCUGUGUGCAGCCCAGCCUAAUGGGAAGCAGUUUGCCCCCCAAAUUGGAGGACAGGUAAUGGGGUGGCCCAGCUCUGUGGGUGGGAGGAGACAGAAGGGUGGAGACAUGGGCAGGCAUUGCUCUAUAAGAAUAAUUCUCUUAUUGAUAGCCUUGUUGAAUGGUCUCUUUAAAUGUGAAGGUUCAUUAUUGUUCCACAAGAUGUGUAUGUCUUUAAGGGCCAGAGCAAAUAACGAGACCCAGUAUUACAGCUGUGGAACAGUAUAGCAGGUGCUGCUAAGUUGUGUUAAUUAAGCUGUGUCAGCAAUUGGCUAUAGUAUGUAAAGAGCAGCACCUAGCUCUCUCAGUACCCUGGGGGUUGGAUGGGUCAUGCUUGUUGAUAUCUUUAAUGUAAAAGGAGUUUUUGUUUUUGUGGUUAAAACCUUGUUAAAGUUAUUUUUGAGUUCCUUGUAUUGUGUGGUCUCCCCCACAGGCUUUCUGCAGCGCAACUAAUCUGCAAAUAGCCAACAACCCUGCCCAUCUGGGUGUUUCCCCAGCCACUCUGGGCAGCUUCCAGCACAUAUAAAAGCACAAGAAAAUGUGAAAAACUUCCCUUCAGAUGUCUUCCAAAAGCUGUGUUUAUUUCCUUGGCAUCAGAUGGCAGGGCACCACCACCGAGAAGGCCCUCUGCGAGAGGCGGGGCUUGCGGGGCAUGUUCUCAUCCAUUUCUCUCUUUCUCCUCUGCUCCCCGCAGUCUGCCCUUCCGCCUGCAAGUCCCAGGGCUGCACCCCGGAGGGCACCUGCUGCCACGCCGAGUGCCUGGGCAGCUGCCUGGAGCCCGGCGACCCGGAGAAGUGCCUGGCCUGCCGCCACUUCAGCCUGGAGGGCAGGUGCGUGGAGAGGUGCCCCGCCGGGUCCUACCGCUACGCCGGGUGGCGCUGCGUCACCUUCGACUUCUGCCAGGAGCUGCACAACAAGUGCAAGGCCGCCCGCCAGUCGGACUGCCCCGUCAUCCACAACGGAGAGUGCGCCCCCGGCUGCCCUUCCGGCUACACCAUGAACUCCACCAAGUGAGUUGGCAACACACACAACGGGGAGGGAGGCGGAGAAACCAAGGGGGGGGCUCUUCUCAUCGGCAACCGCCCCCCCGAUAUCAGGGUCUUGCUUUCACUCCCUGUCCCCGUUGCGAGAGUCUGUGCAACUCACUGCUUUGUGGCAGUCGAGACGCCCUGAAACAGAGCAAUAAUAAUAAAAGUGAUGAUUUGGGGAAGAGAAAGAGGUCAGCGCAACGCAGAGUGAGCCCCCCAACCCGUUGAGGAGGAAGGCAAUGAGGAUUUAAAGCCCUUUUUCUGCCAGAUACCGAUCCCUGAGGGCUCUUGUGGUGUGGAGAGAGCUGGACACCCUAGUCUCAGAGAUCCUCCCCUUUUAUUUCAGGGGUGUCUGAGCCCCCACACUCCCGCUGGGGGUCCUUGUCCGAAAAAUGCCUCCCUACGAAAACGUUAACGUUUCGUUUUGGAAAACGAUUGAGAAAUAGCGUCUAGCCUUGGAACGGCUGCUAAGAUUUAUAAUUGGCUAAAAGACGGAGGUGAGGGGAGCUUAACUACUGCUCUGUCCUGAUGGAUGGAGAGAUAAUUGGUCAGUAGGAUCUCUGGUUAAACUCACCUGUUACGAAAGAACGCGCACAAUGCAGCCUAGCAGGUUUGUGGGGAAAUGGGCAUUUUGGGUAAUGCUUUGGAAACACGUGUGGUGAUCGUGCCCAAUCUUAGGCGGCUAUCAACCUGCUGUAACAAUAUUUCUGUUCUUUAUCUUUGGUUUAUCUUGUUUAUUAAUGGAGGAAGGAACGGAAAAUGGGGUCGAGGAUCAACCACCGAGCAAUUUCAUAAUGUAAAAAGCGGCAAAAGCGAAUUCGCAGACUUAAAACAGCGGGUUGCGCCCCUGCCCAGAGGAGACUCGUUGAAACGGGCCGAUUGGUUUCAGUGGGUCUCCUCUUAGCCCAGUGAGAACAGUUAGAACAAUUCCAGAGCUCCGCUUACUGAAAGAGGCAGACCUUCGGUCGGUCCCAAGGAGCCCCUGCCUGAUAACGCCACAGGAGGGAGUUUAAUCCACGCUUAAUGUAUGUUUGAUAUUUAAGAUAUCAACAGAGUUACUUGUAUUUAUCAGAGGCAGCUUAGGGCCUGCUGUGAGGACGGGGUGAGAGGCUGGGUGGGGGACUGUUGCCCCUCCAAAUGCAAGGCAUCCCCUUCUUGUCGCCCCAUCUAGACCUAUCUAGACCCCAUCUAGAUCUGGGGGGGGGGGUCCUCAGCCUCCCUCUUCUUGGCAAACCAGCUUCCUGACGCUCUUGGGCAAAGCCAGGACCCAGAGGAGGAGAGGAAAUGGCCUGUUCUGAUCAUUCUCAGGAAAGGGUAGCUAAUUGGCCUCUUAUUGUGGCUGACGGCAGAAGCAGACCUUGUUCCUCCUGCACCGGAUGAAUGUUCUCAAAGCAGAUGACAUUUUCUCCGAAUGCUCUUUUCCCGAACCUCCUUGCUAUGACGGGGUUGUGAAAGGGAGGGGGCAGGAAACAGGAAGCAGAAUCUCGAAGGCAGGCCCCUCCACAACAUGCCCCCCCCCCACCAGCAGGGUGCUGAAGGACCUUGCAGCGGGGACCCUUUCAGCCGUCCUGUUUUGUUUGAGCUCGAUUUGCUUGCUGGGGAAGAGAGAUUAGAACAAGGCUUCGUUCUGUGCCGCCCCACAGCCCCCAAGGCACUGUCCUUGUCCCGAGCAACACAUCGUAAACCUGUGGAACUCAUUGCCACAGGAGGCAGUGGUGGCUUUAAAAGAGGACUGGACAAAUUGCCGACAGCUGCUCUGCCUCCAUGAAUCCUAGUUGCAUGAAGCCACAGGAGGGGAGAGGACUCUUUUUCUCAGAUUGCACUGGCCACUGGCCUCACCCAGCAAGCUGUUCUGAGGUUCCUUUCCUCUCCCCUGUUGGGAAUGUGGGUCUGCAGGCCCCACAGGGCCAUCCCAGAGGCUGCAGGACAAGCCAAACUCCCUGAGCUUUCCUGAACGCGCGCAUCGGUUCUGGCGGCGGCAAGAAAAGCCCCAUUUGCAGCGCAAGAGGCAUCUCCCUUUCCCCGCCGUGUCUUUUCUGCAGCCUGCUCUGCACCCCCUGCGAGGGGCUGUGCCCCAAAAUCUGCGAGUUGCCCGUCAAGGAGAAGACCAUCGACUCCGUGACGGCGGCCCAGGAGCUCCAGGGGUGCACCGUCGUCAACGGCAGCCUGACCAUCAACAUCCGCGGAGGAAGUGAGUUCCUGGGGGGCGGGAUGUGGGGGGAGCCAGAGGGGCCUCUCUCUCUGCCCCACGCCAAGCCGGUCACCUGGAAGCUGGUUCUGCUCUUUCUCUGGGGGACACAAGGGCUUCCUUCUCAAGUCCAGAACCUCACGGCUUCAGCUCGGGGGAGCCUUUUCAGCGGAGGGCCGCAUUGCCUUCUUCCGGGGGCCUUGUGCCGAUUUGGGGAGCGGAGAGGGCCAGAGGGGAAAGCCGGCAGAGCAACGGAGACGAGGGCUUGGUCCAGUUCUAGGCCUAAGGAGGUCAUGGACAAGCUGGAAGGUGCGCAGAGGAGAGAAUUGGAAUCGUAGAAUAGUGCGUCAGAAGGGGCCCAAUGCAGGAAUCCCAACUAGAUCAUACAUAUGGAAUGAUAGAGUUUGGGGUGUUUAGCCUGGGAAACAGGAGACCGAGAGGAGAUACGAGAGUCCUCUCCAAAUAUCUCGAAGGCUGCCCCAUGGAAGUGGGAGCAAGCUUGGUUUUCUGUUGCUCUGGAGGACCUGAACCGAUGUCUUCCAAGAAAGGCGAUUCCGACUAAAAGUUAGGGCAGAAAAUUUGUUCGCACCACGCCAAGCUUUUUACCGAUAAGAAAUCCCUUUGGGGAAAACCCAGAACUAGGAUCGGCCUCCGCAUCGCUUGGGUGCUCUCAUUUCGAAAAGAUGUCUAUCCGUAUUCUGCCAAUGGGAAAAGAAUUAUUUUGAUACUAGAAUACGCCCAAAUGCUUCUUGAAUCUUCCUGCCCCUUGGAGAAUUUUCUGUGGACCCUUUUGGUCGGUAGUGGACUCUCCUUCCUUGGAGGUUUUGAAGCAGAGCUGGGGGGGGGGGCGUCCUCCAGGGAUUCUUCAUCCGAGAUUCCUGCAUUGCCAAGGGGGUUGGGCUGGAUGACCUUUGGGGGUCCCUUCCCACCCCGCAGUUCCGUGAGCCUGUGAAGCAGGAGGGCCAGUUUCUAGGCUGGCUCAGCCCACACCUCUGCAUCCUCCCUGCAGGCAACAUUGCAGCUGAGCUGGAGGCCAACCUCGGCUUGAUUGAGGAGAUCACGGGCUACUUGAAGAUCCGACGCUCCUACGCCCUGGUCUCCCUCUCCUUCUUCCGGAAGCUCCACCUGAUCCGAGGGGAGGCCCUGGAAGCCGGGUGAGUGGGGCCCCUGGGAAGGGACGGCUAGGAGCAGGGCUCCGAUCCUCGCUGGGUUGUGCGGCUCUGCCCUGGCCUCCCUCGCAGGGGCGUUGUGGGUAUCAAAUGGGGGGACGGGACACGCACGCCAGCCUGAGCUCCCUGGAGGAAAAGGGGGGUUGGACAUGUCCAAAAACAGAUAGGGAACAAAUGCUGGCGUCGCCAAGUGAGCGCUACUCAGAGUAGACCCACUGUUUGCUUGGCAAGAAGCUGUAGCUCAGCUUCAGAGCUUUGUGCCCCAAAUGACCGGAAGAAUCAGAAAUCAGGAAGACUAAAAUUUAAAUAAGGAAUGGGGAAUAAUUCUAAUUCUAAUUCUACCCCGCCCAUCUGACCGGGUUUCCCCAGCCACCCUUAAAGUAAACAGUUGUAUCUGAAAGACCAUUGUAAACAGUUAAAAUCAUUAGUAGGAUUGGAAUAACACUUGUAGUUUAAGGGUGACUUUUGGACGCAGCGGAGAGGUAAAAGAUUUGGAUUAUCAUAAAAGAUGCAAGAGGAAAUGAUUAACAAUAGGACCCACAGAGGGGGGAGUGCAAGAGAUUCCUUGGAAUUAUUAUUAUUAUUAUUAUUUAUACCCUGCCCAUCUGGCUGAGUUUCCCCAGCCACUCUGGGCAGCUAUCUUGUUUUUAUGUUGUAUGUUGGAGAUAUGACUGUAAAGUUUUAAUCUGAAAAACCGAAUAAAUAACUUUCUAAAGGAAAAAGAGGCAGAGAGGAGUCCGGCUGGAGAAGAAGCCAGGGCGUCUUCCUCUCCUGCUGCAACUGGGAGAGGGAUGAAGAGGGCAGAGCAAAGGCAGUCGAGGCGGAGAAGUCUCAGAUUGCUUGGGAAGGACAAGAUUUAGGCGGCUGGGGGAAGGCAGGGGCCUUCAGUGCCUCAUUGGGGAUCUUUUUUUCUUUGAAGGAAGAGUUCCCUUCCCUGGCAGCUAGUGAGUUCUUGCUGAGCCCGCUCCCCACCUUGGCCAAGGGGCACCUCUCUCUCCUCUCCCCCUGGCCGUAUUCACCUUGCUCUUUCCCCCUCCCCGCCAGGAACUAUUCCUUCUACGCCUUGGACAACCAGAACCUGCGCCAGCUGUGGGACUGGAGCAAGCACAACCUCACCAUCGCCCGCGGGAAGCUCUUCUUCCACUACAACCCCAAGCUCUGCCUGUCCGAGAUCGACAAGAUGGAGGAGAUCUCGGGGGCCAAGGGGCGCCAGGAGAAGAACGACAUCGCCCUCAAGACCAACGGCGACCAGGCCUCUUGUAAGCGGGGCGGCCGAGGGGUGCGCGCUGUACUUUUGCACGCACAACGGUCCCAGGUUCGAAUCGCAGCAGUUUUCCCAGCAGCUCCUGCCUGAAACCCCGGAGGACUGCUGCCAGUCUGAGCAGGAGAUACGGAGCUAGAUGCUUCAGAGGGAGAAGUAGCAGGCAGCUUCCGAUUGCCCUGCUUGAAUCACUUCUUCAUCUAGAACCUUGAGGACUGGAGUCUGGCCUCCUUUGGAGUAACUCGCAGGAAAGGGCCGUGUCUCAGUGGCCAAGUAGCGGGUCCCAGGUUCUCCCCGCAGGGGCAUCUCCAAGUUGGGCCCUGGAGAGCUGCUGCUGCCAGUCAGUGUGGACAGCAGUGAGGUAGAAGAGCUCUGUAGAAGGGCAUUUCAGAAGAGCCUGGUGGCGGCAUUGGCGGGAUCAGGCCAGAGGAAAGACCCCCAAGCAGGACCCAAGGGUGCUGUGGGUCAGGGGUGUGGGGCCCCCCCAUGCGCCGCUGGCUUCCUGAGACCAGAAGGGCUGCUCUUCAAGCUCCUGGGCCUGAGCUUUGUUAUAUUAAUAAUAAAACCCCCAUUAAGCCUGCCCUACUCCACUUGGAGGUGGGGUCGAAUCCUGUACACACCCGACACCCUCCCUCUGCUCUCCCAGAGGAGCGCUUCCGGGGUUGUCUUCCUCUUUCCCUCCUGGCCGGCGCCUCCUCUCUGUGUACGAUCUAUAUGUUUGCUGAGUCUCGGCUCCCUCCCUCUUGCAGCGCCUGCCAGGCUGGCAGAACGCGGGGCAGCUUCUCCUCCCAGGGGCCUCCCUUGGCACCGACAGCCUCCAGGAGAGAGAGAGAGAGAGAGAGAGAGGGAAAGAGGGGGGAGAAAGAGAAUGAAAAGGAGAGAAGGAGAGAGGAAGGAUGGCGAGAAAGGGAGAGAGGAAGAUUGGGAGAAAGAGGGAGAGAAGGAGAGGAGAAGGGAAGAAAGAAAGGGAGAGAAGGAGAGAAAGAGAGGGAGGGAAAGGGAGAGAGGAAGAGACAGGAGGAGAAAUAGGGGGGAGCGUGCUCUUGGACUGGGGUUCUGCUUAAGGGCCUCCCACAUGGUUGGUGGUUCACAACAUAAAGUGACGCGAUCAAAAUGAAUGACCUGAGCCCCCCUCCGUCCCCCGGUGGGUCCUUGGCCAGGCCCUCCCGUCUCCAACCUGCCUUUUCCGUCCUUCCUGCAGGCGAGAGCGAAGUGCUCAAGUUCUCCUACAUCAAAACCACCUGCGACAAGAUCAUGGUCAAGUGGGAGCCUUACUGGCCGCUGGACUUCCGCGACCUCCUGGGCUUCAUGCUCUUGUACAGGGAAGCGUGAGUAAAGUGGGGCGGGGAGCUCCUUUCUGCACUUUGGGUCUUGGGGAGAGAGGGGUUCUCUGGCUGGGAUUCCUGCGUUGCCGGGGGUUCGGGGGUUGGACUAGAUGGCCCUGGAGGGGGGGUCCCUUCCAACCCUUCAAUUCCAGGAUUCUAUAACACACACAUCCAGCUUGAUCAGAGAGAGUUACAGCGCCUGUUGUGGCUGCAGAGACUGAUGCAGGAGAGACAUGUUUUGUUGCAGCCGGGGAAGAGGAAGAGGAUGGUCCAGUCUAGGAAUAAAAGGGGACGCGGGUGGUGCUGUGGGUUAAACCACAGAGCCUCGGACUUGCCGAUCAGAAGGUCGGUGGUUCGAAUCCCCGCAAUGACAGGGUGAGCUCCCGUUGCUCGGUCCCUGCUCCUGCCAACCUAGCAGUUCGAAAGCACGUCAAAGUGCAAGUAGAUCAAUAGGUACCGCUCCAGCGGGAAGGUAAACGGCAUUUCCGUGCGCUGCUCUGGUUCGCCAGAAGCGGCUUAGUCCUGCUGGCCACAUGACCCGGAAGCUGUACGCCGGCUCCCUCAGCCAGUAAAGCGAGAUGAGCGCCGCAACCCCAGAGUCGGCCACGACUGGACCUAAUGGUCAGGGGUCCCUUUACCUUAGUCCAAACUAAAUGUGAACAUGCUCUCUUCUAUACCCUAAAAGUCAACUGAAGAAAGAGACUGUGUAUUUUCCCAAUCCUCGCCCAAGAAGGAUUUUAAAAAGGCUGGGCAUUAUUUGAAGGAGCGGUGCAGAGCGAUUUCAUUUGAACCCACAAGAUCCCCAGCGAAUCACUAAUAAUGUGCAUUAUUUAAGUUGAAAGGCUUCUCUGCAAAAUAACUUAGGAUAAGGUGUCCUCCUGUUCCUCCUUUGUCUCGGGCGAUGCAGAGUUUGGAGGGCUGCCCCCUAAAUAAAGUUGUCAAGUAGAUUCUGCCAUUUCUGUAGCUGGGAUUGAAGGAUCGGUAGAGGCAGCGCUUGAAAUAAAACGGAGAAUGCGGGAAGAGCAGUCGCGGCCCAACCGGCUCAGUUUCUAAAAAUUUCCGUGACCUUAAUUCAUUUCUGCAACAGGCUUUCACACGACUUUUUCCAUUUUCACGUCUCUCCACCAAAGCGUAAUUCCCUCUGCAGGUGUGUCUUUCUGAAAUAAAAGCCGUUUCCUCCUUUUGGCCUUUUCUUCCCCCCCAGCCCCUUCCGGAACGUGACGGAGUUUGACGGGCAGGACGUCUGUGGCGCCAACAGCUGGACGGUGAUGGACGUCGAGCCGCCUCCCCGCAACAGCGACACCAAGCCGGGGCACCUUCUGCGCGGCCUCAAGCCCUGGACGCAGUACGCCAUCUUCGUGAAGACCCUGAUCACCCACUCGGACGAGCGCAAGUCCUACGGGGCCAAGAGCGAGAUCAUCUACGUCCAGACCAACGCCUCGGGUGAGAGGCUGUCCACGGUUGGAAGCGGGGGGCUGGGGUGAGAGGGGGGAUUGCCCUGGGGUGACCUUUUGUCUCUCUUCUCUGCCCCCCGCAGUGCCCACCGUCCCCCUGGACCCCAUCUCAGUGUCCAACUGCUCGUCGCAGAUCUUCCUGAAGUGGAAGCCGCCCUCCGACCCCAACGGGAACAUCACGCACUACAAGGUCUCCUGGGAAAAGCAGCCCGAAGACAGUGAGCUCUACGAGCUGGACUACUGCCUGAAGGGUGAGCUGCUGGCACCGCCCUGCCCGCCCGCCUGGGUCCCACCUAGUGCCACAGAGCUCAGGGAGCGGAGGUGGGGUGACAAUGAGGGAGAAGAUGGGGAAGAGGCGGUGUUGGAAACCGGAGAGGGAACAGGGCUCCGUGAGCGGGGAGAGUCGGUGGCAGAGAGCAGUCUAGGCGCAGAAGCUGAGGCUGGAGAGGAGGUAAGCCGAGAGGCAGAGAUGAAGUCACAGGGGUCUCCCCCUCCUGCUGCAACCAGCUCCCCUCUUCGCUGGUCUCCCAGGGCCAGAAGAAAAAUUUAAAAAGGGUGGCGCAGCGAGAGACAAGACGAUGGCGCCUUAGACUGCUGGGGAAGGAGGAGCCUUCGAGAGCAGUGGGAAGGCAGACACUUUCCGACCCCGCAACUGCCUCCUUGGGGCAAGACCUGCUGCUUGGGUUUCCUUGAAUCAAGGCCGGGUGCUCCUGACCCCCAGGGUGGCAGGGUGGGCCUUGGGUGGGGGAAGUUCCCCCAGAUAAAACUCCUGCCCCCUCUUCUCUUUUCUGUUUCUUCUGGAGUGUUGUCGCUGCUGCUUAUCACGAGUUAGAAAAGGAAUAUAUCUAUCUAAAGAAAAAGGUUCUCCAUCGCUGCGACAGAGGGAGUGGGGGGGACUGUCCAGAGUCUGCCUGGUCUCCAUGGCUCCCCCGUUGCCUUUCCUUGGCCUCACAACCUCCCCUCCCCGCAGGCUUGAAGCUCCCCUCUCGGACGUGGUCCCCCCCGCUGGAGUCGGAGGACUCCCCCCACAAGCCGAACGACAGCAACAGCGAGGAGCCCAGCCUGGAGUGCUGCCCCUGCCCCAAGACCGAGUCGCAGAUCAUGAAGGAGACGGAGGAGUCCGCCUUCCGGAAGGUCUUUGAGAACUACCUCCACGACAUCGUCUUUGUCCCCAAGUAAGAGGCUGAGCGCGGAUCCUCACCCUCCCCCCCUUUAUGGCUCAGGUGUGGGAGCAGGAAGCGCAAGUGGAAGAAGAGCCUGCUGCUGCCAACCAGUGCAGGCAGUGCUGGGUUAAAUGGCUCUGUAGGCCUGUGUCAGGUCAGACCCAAGAGGAUAAUAACCGCGCUUAACCUGCUGCGGCUCAGUGGUUAGAGCCCCUGUGUAGCACGCAGACGGGCGCGGGUUCAACCCCCGGUGGCGUCUCCCUGAGAGCCCUGAGCCUGAAUCCCUGCAGAGCCACUGCUGCCAGUCUGUGCAGGCAGUAUUGAACCCAAAGGAAGGUGUUUGUUUGUGCCCUUGGCUCUUUGGGCAGGGGAAGGUGUGGGGUGCGUGACGGAGCCUGUGAACCCUGCCCUGCUGCGGAAGGGGGCACAGUCCAGCCGGGCGCUUGUGCUGCUCACAACCCCGGGAUUAAUGAGUAAUCCUGCCAGAAAGGGAGCCAGGCCCUGCAGCCUCUCUUUGCUCCCGGAGCCCCUUCCUGGGAACCUUUUGAAACCCAGAGCCUGAGCCGAGGCUGCCGGCGGAUCCAUUUCUGCCCGCGCGUUUGCAAGAUGAGGCCACGCACCAAAGGGGUCACACAUCCCUCAACCAAACGCGAGGAGCCGAUUGUGAAUCGGAAACAAAGAUGCAGUAUCGAGCGGCGUAUUUGCAGCAGAUAAUUAAGCAAGUGAGAGGAAUUUGCAUAUGCGGAAGAAUAUUUUAAAAAUAAAUUUAAGGAACCACAGAGAGAGGGAGAAGGAAGUCAAGUUCUGAAAUGUUAAAUUGAUUGUAAAACGAAUGAAAACGUAUACAUUUGAAAAGUAUAAAUAAAAAACAAAAAAGAAUGUAAUAUUGAACAGGGAUGGUGGAGGGGUGGGAAUGGGGACGCAUCCAGGACGGAGAGCGGGAAGUCUGUAAGGAAAAAAAGGAAAACCAAUCAAGAUUAAUGGGCAAAGUUUGAGCUCAGGGAGCUGAGAACUCUUUUUUAAAAGUGGGGGGACCCCUAGAAGGGCCAAGGAAAAGCCCCUCUCCCCCAGCGCCCACUCCUGCCCCAAAGGGAAUCCUGAAUGGACAACUCCAAUUUGUUUCUGAGCUGCCCGGCCGGCCGCCCGCUUUUGGAACCGGGGCUCCGACCGACGCCUCUCUCCCCCCUUCUCCGCAGGCCGUCGGUGACGCGGCGCAGGAGGGACUUGGGCGCCCCGGCCAACAGCACCACCCCGUCCCCGACGCUGCCGGCCUUUGGGAACGGCUCCACGGCGGCCCCCGCCAGCCCCCCGGAGCCCAAGCCCUUCUCCAAGGUGGUCUUCAAGGAGUCCAUCGUCAUCUCCAACCUGCAGCACUUCACGGGCUACCGCAUCAAGAUCCAGGCCUGCAACCACGAGGUGCCCCAGGAGUGCAGCAGCGAGGCCUACGUCAGCGCCAGGACCAUGCCGGAAGGUGAGCGGGGAGGCGCCUGGCCAGGCCAGUUUUACGGGGCGCUCGGCGCGUGCGGCGUGCCCUCGUCUUCCUUACUUUCCAUCUUGAGGGGCUCACGGUGGUGGCACACGCAGAUCACCCCCCCCAUUUUAUCCUUUCAACAAUCCUGCGAGGUAGGCUGAGAGGCAGUGACUGGCGUCCGAGGUCACUCAGCGUCCUGAGUGGGGAUUCGAACCCUGGUCUCUCCCAGGUCUGACACUCCGACCACUACACUGCGCUGGCUCUCUAUAUGGAGAAGCUUUUGAAUAUUUCUUGUUUUAUUGUGUUUUUAUAUACAUGCUGGAAACCCAACCGGAUGGGCAGGGUGCAAAUAAUAUUAUUAUUAUUACCAUUAUUUCUCCCUCUGAGAAGCUGGCGCACGAGAUUCUCUCUUUCCCUCAUUUCUGUCCUUCCAACAACCCUGUGAAGUCAGCUUGGCUGUUUGAGCUUUGUGAUGGAGCGGGGCUUUGAACCCGGGUCUCCUAACCGCUGGCUCUUGCGUCGGUUGUCCCAAUUCGCACUGAGCAAGCCUUUUCUCUUGGCUGUGUUCCCAGCGAAAGCCGACGACAUUGUGGGGCCCGUGACCCACGAGCUGGACAAGAACGUGGUCCACCUGCGCUGGCAGGAGCCGAAGGAGCCCAACGGGCUGAUCAUCCUUUACGAGGUGAACUACGGCCGCCUCGGAGAUUCGGAGGUGAGAACCCCUUUCUUCCCCUCUCUCCCUUUUCUGGCUUUCCGCCCCAGAGGAUGCGCAUGCGAUAUGCCGUUCUUAACCUUCCCCGACUGCCAGUAGCCGCUUGCGCUGCAACAUGAUCAGGAAAGCGCCAUUUCACCCCUCAGCGCUGUGAUCCACCCAGGGCUGUGCAAGCCGCUGCUCUGAAGGAUGUGGGGUGGGGGGCGCCGGGAGACCCCCACUGAGCAUGCCGUCUCCCCACAGGAGCAGCGCUACUGCCUCUCUCGCCUGAAGUUCGCCGCUCAGCAGGGCUGCAAGCUGACGGGGCUGCAGACGGGCAACUACAGCGUCCGGGUGCGAGCCACGUCCCUGGCGGGGAACGGCUCCUGGACGGAGCCCAUCUACUUCUACGUCUAUGACUAUUGUAAGAUCCGGGGGGGGCAGGGGGGCACGGAGGAGCUGGGCUCCCACAACUACCCACCCAGGGGCCACGGUUUGCGGGCGGGCGGGCAGUCAUGCGACUGUAGAUUAGGGCUUUGGGACUACGAUUCCCAUCAUCCCUGGCCAGUCCUGGGAUGAUGCGAGUUGUAGCCCAAAAGCAGCUGGAGGCCUGAGUUUGGAAAAACCCUGAUGUGGGUGUUUCAUACUGUGUGUGUGUGUGUGUGUGUCUGUGCGUACAUAGCGGUUUUAGCUAUUUACAUCGAUAAAGCAUUCAUAAAUACAUAUAUCAAAGCGGUUUGCAGUGACAGAGCCACAUAGAAAAGCCGCAAUCCGGGACCAACCGGCUGUGGUGGAAUGAUGAACCGUAAAUUGCCCACAGAGGGAGAGUUUUCAGCGGGCGUUUGGGAGUUUGAACAGCAGGCGCUUGCUGCAGGAUCUCUAGUGGCAGAGGGUUCCUCAGGACGCCAUGAAAGCAGGACGCUUGUUGCUGUCAGAGGAGUCUCUUGUAUAUGUGAGAGAGGUUGUGUGCCCUUUUGUGGGGAGUGAGAGAGAGGGGCAGGGCACAAGAUGCUUUGGGAGAGGUGAGUUCUUUUUAACCCAACCUGACCUGGUCCCCCCCUCUCCCCCCCACUGCAGUUCCCCCCAACAAUAACCUGGUGAGCAUCAUCGUCCCCAUCAUCUUCGCCGUCUUCUUCCUGGGGGUCAUCGGAGGUGCCUACAUCUUCAUCAAGAAAAGGUGGGGCUGCCCCUCGUUUGCAGAUUCCCUCCCCAUAGACUCCGGACUUCUUGCGGCGGGGAAGAGGGGGGAGCUGUCAGGUGCUUGCGGCCACAACCAAGGGCACCGCCUUCCCCUCCCAAUCCGCGAAAAGCUUUCCCCACUGCGACUGGUGGGGCGGCGCCUUCUUCUCCCUCACAGACCGGGCAGCAACAUUUCCCACCCCCCAAAAAAUGGGUUUUAGCUGUUCUUGUUUUAUCUGUUAGAUGCCUUGAGUCCCUGGUAGAGGAAAAAGCAGGUAUCAAUUAACUUAUUCUUCUUCGUCUUCUUAUAAUAAGAAGCAUUCCAUAGGCUGGGUGUGUGGGGUCACAUGCCCUCACCUGGUUUUUCUUUUUCUUUUCAAGGCUUUAUUAUGAAGCUAAGAAUCCCAUAAGAAAUACGAGACUGUUGGCCCUGGGUUUUCUUCUUUCUUUCUUUCUUUCUUUCUUUCUUUCUUUCUUUCUUUCUUUCCCUUCCUUCCUUUCCUAUCCCCUGGUUUUGCUUGAGCAUGUCCCUUUAAGUGCCACAAAACACACACACGUGCCGUCCUGAGGACUAGAAACCUCCUUGUGCCUUUAGGCGAUUGCUCGAGUCCUUUCGGAUUACGCAGGCCCCUCCGUGCCCAGGCACGCCCCUCCCACACGCACAGCCAUUGUCGCUCCGGUUUUUGGGAUCCCCGAUGGGUGACAGGCACCUCUCCUGCGCUUGCUUCCCCCCAGGCAAAAGGAAGGACCGACGGGGCCGCUUUACGCCUCCUCCAACCCAGAGUAUCUCAGCGCCAACGAUGGUGAGUGGCAGGCCGAGGCGGCGGGGCCCUUCCUCUCCUUCUUCUUUGGGAGGGCACGAUCCACUGGGAAAAAACAGAUACUCCUCCUUCCCUUCGGAAGCUUUGAGGUGCCUCCGCUGCCCUUCUGGCCACGGGCGCUAAAGGAGGCGGAUGCAGCCAUUCCGGACUCGGACCAGAACCGAGCUGGAGAGAAUCCUCUGGGUUGCCGAGCUGAACUCCAUGCCAUUCUCCCCUGGGCCGGCCUCUGCCCUCCUAGAGAACCCAAGCCUGGAAGGGACCCGAGGGUCAUCUAGCCCAACCCGCUUCCCUCUUUCCCCAACUUGCAGUGUACAUCCCCGACGAGUGGGAGGUCCCCCGCGAGAAGAUCUCCCUCCUGCAGGAGCUGGGCCAGGGCUCCUUUGGGAUGGUCUACGAGGGCAUCGCCAAGGACAUUGUGAAGGGCGAGGCGGAGAUGCGGGUGGCCGUCAAGACGGUGAACGAGUCGGCCAGCCUGCGGGAGCGCAUCGAGUUCCUCAACGAGGCGUCCGUCAUGAAAGGCUUCAGCUGCCACCACGUGGUGAGGGGCCCCGAAGGUCAUCCAGCCCAACCCCCUGCAAUACGGGGGUGGUGGGAGGGGAGCGCUGAGGAGACCGCUCCUCAGGGGGGUCGCAGCUCAACCAACCCAUUGGAGAACCACGGGGGGAGGCAGUUGCCAAAGGGGAAGACCGAUUCCUCGGCUCUUCAGGUCCUUUGGCCACCGAGGGGACAGGCGGCCCGGGUUCUCCAUUGGCUCACGGGCCCUUCCCUCUCGCCCUCCUUCUCCCCAGGUCCGCCUCUUAGGGGUGGUGUCGAAAGGGCAGCCCACCCUGGUGGUCAUGGAGCUGAUGGCUCACGGAGACCUGAAGAGCUACCUGAGGUCCUUGCGCCCGGAUGCAGAGGUAACAGCUGGGUGUGGGUUUAGGGGGGUUGGCAAGGCAGAGAAGCCGUGCCCCCCUUUUGCUCACGCCGCCUCCUCUCGGCUCCCUCAGAACAACCCCGGCCGCCCCCCGCCCACCCUCCAGGAGAUGAUCCAGAUGGCUGCCGAGAUCGCCGACGGCAUGGCCUACCUGAACGCCAAGAAGUUCGUCCACCGGGACUUGGCCGCAAGGAACUGCAUGGUGGCCGAGGACUUCACCGUCAAGAUCGGAGGUGGGGCGGCUUUCCUCCUGGGGGGCGGGGGACCCCAAAAGGGAUUUAUUCCGAGCCCUUCUCGGAGCACGGCACGAGCCCCGCAGCUGAGAUGGCCAAGGAAGAGCAGAAAGACGCGUGUCCUUGUUGAGUGACAUUUCUAGCAGUAAAACUCACCGAACUCUCCAUAUCCUACAAGAAAUACAUUGGGGUUGGGGGAUCGGGGAGUUAUUCCAUAAUCGGGGUGCCCCCACUGCAAAGGCCUUUAAUGUGUGUGUGUGUGUGUGUGUGUGUGUGUGUGUGUAUGUGUGUGUACACACACACUUUUCUGUUUUAUGUUUUGUUUACAUACCCCCCUAUACCCAGUGGUCUCAGGGCAGUUCACAGAAUAAAAUCAAGAUAUAAAACCACAAAAUACCUAAUGAAAAUAAAAACAACAACCCAAUAGCAACACCCCCCACAAAUAAACGCACAAUUUUACAAUUUAGAAUAUUCAUUUAGACAACCUUAAAAUAUCAGCGACUUCCCUUCUUCUCUUUCCAUGGUUCAUUUAGCGUAGCAUAAAUCCCUGCAUAUUUUACACAAACUAAACCAUUCAGUAUUGCAUCGUUUCCGAAGGCCUUUUCCCAGAUCACCGAAUAACGGAGGUCUCCGGACAGCAGGCGAGCGUUGAGAAGGCCCCGUGUAUUCAGGGGUGGUGGGGGCCUCUGGGUUGGGGUCCAAAUGUGGCCCCCCAGGACGGGUCCCCCCCAGCCAUGCCCCUGCAGACACGUCCUUGAGGGAAGCUCUGAGCUCUCCCCGCUCUUCCUCUCUCUCCCCGCAACCCCCAGACUUUGGCAUGACCAGGGACAUCUACGAGACGGAUUACUACCGCAAAGGAGGGAAGGGGCUCCUCCCCGUGCGCUGGAUGGCCCCUGAGUCGCUGAAGGACGGCGUCUUCACCGCCUGCUCUGACGUCUGGUGAGUGGGGAGCCCCCCAACCCCCCUUCCUGGCCGCAUGCAGGAGGACGCUGAGAGGCCGUAGGAAGCCGCUCUUGUCCCGAGUCAAGCCAUCUGGCUCAAUAUUGCCAACUCUGGCUGGCAGCAGCAGCUCUGCAGAGUUUCAGGCAGGGGGUCUUUGUCCCGGCCCAUCCUGGGAAGGGAAACUCUGAUCUGAAACCUCCGCUGCCUUGUGGGGUAUUUGGGGAGAAAAGGCUCCGGAGUAAACCCCACCCAAAUCCAGAGCGGAGUCCCUAAGGCAGUUGGGCAGCAACUCCUGCAGCCAAGCAGGUGCCAGACAUCUCGCUCUGCUUCUCUGUGGCCCCCGUCAGCGAGGCCAAGAGGGGGUCUUGCCGUCUGGUCAGCCCAGGACCUCCAGACACACGGCCCAGAUUGCGCCCCCAAGGAAGGCACUUUGGUGCUGCUAACACAGUAGUUUGGCUCCACCCCCGGAGGUGUGCUCCACUGUCUCUUGAGAUGGACUGGUGCCCCUAGAGGGGGCAUGCGAAGUGUGGGGAGCCGCCUUCUCCCGAGUCACAACAGUGUGGUCUGCACUGACUGGCAGCAGCUCUGCAAGCUUAAAGGCUGGGGGUCUUUCUGCGCCCUUUGUGCGGAGAAUCCUUCCCCUCCAGCGGGGAGCCGGGGACUCCAGCCUUGCGGGAGGGGGGCACACCCUGGAACGGCCUCUGCCUGGGGAGUCCCCUCUGCUUCCUGGCCCUCACCCUCCUGUCUCCCCCCAGGUCCUUUGGCGUUGUCCUCUGGGAGAUCAGCAGCCUGGCUGAGCAGCCUUACCAAGGCCUCUCCAACGAGCAGGUCCUCAAGUUCGUCAUGGACGGCGGGUGCCUGGAGCAGCCGGAGAACUGCACCGAGAGGCUGUGAGUCGGGGAGGGGAGGCAGGGGCCGCCCUCUGGGUGCCCCUGUGGGUGGGGCACCAGGCAACUCCUUUGCCCUCCAGGUGGGGACAGUCCAGGGUUCGCCUCAUUAGGGGGAACAGGCUCCCUCUGCCCUGCCAGCCAGUUUCUCAGGCUUGUCCCUUACGACUGAGUCGGGGGAGAAGCGGGCUCUGGCGCCACCUGCUGGCAGGCUCCUUGCCUCCUGCCCAUCGUCUCAGGAAGUGAAUUCAUGCCAUGCCGCCAGGCAGCACUGUGCUCUAAACCAGUGAGCCUCUUGGGCUUGCUGAUGGGAAGGUCGGUGGUUCGAAUCCUCACAACGGAGUGAGCUCCAAUUGCUCUGUCCCAGCUCCUGCCAACCUAGCAGUUCAAAAGCAUGCCAGCGCAAGUAGAUAAAUAGGUACCGCUGUGGCGAGAAGGUAAACGGUGUUUCCGUGCACUGUGGUUUCCGUCAUGGUGUCCCGUUGGUCCAGAAGUGGUUUAGUCAUCUUGUCCACAUGACCCGGAAAAGCUGUCUGUGGACAAACCCCGGCUCCCUCAGCCUGAAAGCAAGAUGAGCGCCGCAACCCCAGAGUCGCCUUGGACUGGACUUAACCAUCCAGGGGUCCUUGACCUCACCUUACCUCUCCUGCCCCCUUGGUGCAAAAAAGGACACAGGUCCUUUUUUUUAGUGGGGGGGGGGUCUCAGCCUUCUUUGCCUCAGGGUUGCUAGUGGCAGCCCCAGAAACAGAGGGCUUGGGGGAGGCAUUGGAACGGUUUCCGUGGAGCUGCCCGCUUGACCCCCCGGCGCCUUUGUCCCCCCUCUGCAGCCACGACCUCAUGCAGCUGUGCUGGCAGUACAACCCCAAGAUGCGCCCGACCUUCACGGAGGUGAUUGAGAUGCUGAAGGACGAGCUGCACCCCUCCUUCCGGGACGUCUCCUUCUUCUACAGCGAGGAGAACAAGCCCCCCGAGACGGAGGACUUUGAGAUGGACUUUGAGAACAUGGAGAGCAUCCCCCUGGACCCGGCCUCCUCCUACUCCCAGCGGGACGACGGCGUCCUGGGCAGGGACAACGGCCUCUCGGUGGCGCUCAAGGGCGGCUACGAGGAGCACGUCCCCUACACGCAUAUGAACGGCAGCAAGAAGAACGGGCGCAUCCUCUCCAUGCCCCGCUCCAGCCCCUCCUAAUGGCAGGGGUGGGGGCGCACCCUGCUGUUAUCUCCUUUGGUUCCCGCCCCCCCUGCCCCCCGGCAGUUCCUCUCCCACACAAAUCUCAGGACUGGCAGUAUUUUUGCAGACACACCGCGGACUCGCUUUCUACCGAAAAGACGGACUUUUUAAUCGUCGUGGAAGAUUAUUCUUAUUACUACUACUAGGACAGUGACUUUUCUCCCCCAAACCAUGUCGUAUUUCUGGGUCGGGGUGGGGUUUUUUUUUUUUUUUUUUGAGGGGGGGUAGGGGCGCACAAACGUCGACUCGCCGCCAGCAGCCUUCGUCUGUGAAAGACGCAAGCGGCCGUUUUGCUGCAUUUCCACCCGGCCCGGAUCCCCAUGCACAACGCUGUGGUUUUGAGACGGGGAGGGGCUUCUUGCGAGUAGGAGGGAGAGGGGAGACCCCUCUGCCUACCUCUAGUCCCACGGUGGUGGGGGGGCUCUUUAGCGCGCCGACAGCCCAGAACCACCUUCCCAAGCAGAACCCGGAAACGUGUUCCCUCUCUUCUUGCCUGUCCCCCUCUUUCGGAGGGGAUUCCUUUGCCAUUUUCCUUUCCUUUUUUUUUUUUAAUUUAAAAAAAUUAGGAUCUGAAGGAUCUCUUAAGGCGUGCCCCACCCAGAUCUGUCUUUCUGUCCCGAUUUGACCAACUGCUGCUGCUUUUCUCAAUGGGUUAAUCGGUGCGUGUGUGUGCGCGGAGCCACGGAGGGGCGUGAGAGCCAGCCCCCGCCCCGGAGUGAAUGGAUUCUCAAGAGAUUAUUUUUAUACUGAAGAACUUUUGGGGCGAGGGGUCCCCCACCCUGUCGUCGUCGUCCCCAGCAAAGCGAGGUAGCCAAAGCAGUAGCCAACACCCCCUUUAGGACCCCCCCCGAGUGCUUUUUGGCGGCUUAAAAAUAGCACAGAGUGAGCCACCUCCCUUUGGGCCCUGUCCGGUUAGCGUCCCGUGUGUGUGUGUGUACAUAAAUAUAUAUAUAUGUUUGUUGUGACAUAUUUAAGUCUGAGGUAGCCAACCUCCUUAUAAAUUAUUGUUGCCUUUGUCGAUUCCCCCCCACCCAAAAACCUUCUAGGGUGGGGGGGAGCCUUGCUUGGGGGUGGACCUGACAGGGAGACUCGCUAAGCAUUUGCGUUUCUGUUUUGGCAAAGUUGGCAGACGGCGCUAGGGAAUUUUGGUGGGAAGUUCGCGCAGGAUCCAUCGCGGCCUCCUAGGGUCCCGCAGCCCCUUGGCCAAGCUGCUGGUCUGCAGGCAGGACGUCCGGAUAGACGGGGGGUGGAAACACCCCCCACUUGAGGGGCCGCCAGGCCUGGCAUCUUGCCGGAAGGGCCGCAGCCCCACCGUCCUGCUUGGCACGCAGAAGGUCCCAGGUGCGCGCCCCGCUGGCAGCGUCUCCAGGCAGGACUGGCGAAAGGGCUCCCCGCCUGGAGAGCAUGCUGCCGGUCCGUGCAGACAACACUAGCCUAGGCAGGCAAACGGUCUUGCUCUGGCCUUGUGCCCCCUGUGCCUUUGCCUCAGCCCCCCCUUUUUUUGGGGGGGGGAAUAAGCCCAAACGCUGUGAUUAUUUGCCAGGGAGGCAGAGAUGGAGGAGGAGGAGGAGAUGGCAGCUGGGGAAUUGUUUCUGCCCUGCUAAACCCGGUCAGUUGUGCAAUCUGCCUGUGUGUCUCCCGCCUGUGAGGUGGGGGCAAGAACCCUCUUCAACCCUUGGGGGUUUUUUUUAAGGGUUUCUCUCCCCCCCCCCCCCGGCUAACCUCCCCAGUGUUGCACUUUAGAGCUUUUCUGCUCCAGUCAGUGGGCCCCACAGAAUUUGUGGGGUCCGCCCUCUGCUCCUCCUCCUCCCCCCCCCAGUUCAGAUUUCCUCUUCAGUCCCAGGCGAUUGUUCGCCUGCUGAAAUUUGCAUCGCCAAAACCUCUCUCUUACCUCAGUGUCAUUUGAAAUAAGCUUUUUCUAUAAAAAAAAGAGAAAAAAGGAAGAACCCCACCCCCCGUAUUUCCUUAUAAUGUGAAUCGUUCUGAGAAAAAGAAACCGACAUGGAUCUUGUCGAGUCGACGGAAUAAGCGGAUCUGUAGGCCUUGUGGGUACUGGACAGACUAAUUACACAUAGGUGGUUCUGUGCCCCCCCCCCCAAAAAAAUCCACUCUGCUUGCCUUCGUUGAAAAUGCACCUUGAUUUAUCUUCUUUUUUUCUGCUGAGCACAAGGAGGAUGGAGGUUUGAAUUUGAUGGGGGGGGCGUGUGCUGGGGAGCGAGGAAGAUUGUUUGGGGAGGUGUGCCUCUCUCAGGAAAGCAGGGCCGUUGUUAGGAGCUGCCUCAAGGGCCCCCCUCCCAGAGCGGUGGGGUUUUUCAUGGGCGCCAUGGUCACAAUUAAUAGCACAUUCGUGGUGGGCUCCUCCUGGGCCUUCCAUGCUGCGUUCCUGCGACGCUUCCUCAAUGUUGGCACCUUAUUGCCGCCUGCAGGGGCAUCUCUUGGUGGGACAGAGCGGGAAGUGCCAUGUUUGGGAACGAAGCAGCUUUCUCUGUCUGCCCUGAAACCUUUGCAGAGUGGCGUCAACCCACCCCUAAGGCCAUCGUGUAAAGAUGCCUAGAAGGGGGGUCCUUAGUCUCUCCUGCCAGUCUGCAAUUUUGUUUUGCGCCCAUUUGAAAGAUUAGAGAGCCUCGAACGCCCCAGAGCUUUCAAGUUGCCCCUGACGCCUCUGGCCCUAGUUUGCACAGAGAGAGAGAGAGGAGGCCUCACAUCUGCCGGCCUGGGUAGAGAUGUGCCAGUUUUUGGUGCUAUCCAUAUUGCGGAGCCUCUUGCACUUAGGGGAGAAGGGCCCAGAGCGCCUGUCCGUUUAAGGGGAGCCGGGGGGGGGGCUGGGGCUGGAAGGGAGAGCAGAAAGGCACACAGAAAAAAAACCCUUUUCGAAAAGAUUCCCCUCUUGAGAACCUCAGCUCAGUGGCUGAGCACUUGCUUCACGGGGGGAGAAGGGGACUUGUCCUACUGCAAUCCCCAGCAACCUCUCCUUGGCAGCUGGGCUUUAAAAAAGCUCUCUUUGUGCCCUGGGCAAACUGGGUCAUCUCCAACGGAGUCCAGUUCCUCGAUGGCAUCAGUGGGUCUGCUGUGCGUUGGGCGCAGAGCUGCGUAGAUAAGGUGGGGUAGGGAAGCAGCUCCCUAGAUGUUGGCCGAGGGGUGAGGGUGGAGGCUGGCCCAGUGGGGUGCUAGGCGGUCAGGGUCCCCUUUCUGCACGGCAGCUGUAGCUUAACCGAUGCUGCCAUCCCGCUGCUGCCCUCCGAGGCAAGGGCCUUGCGCUGUCUAACGGACCUCUUUGUGCUGGGAUUGCGGAUGAGGUGCUGUGAGCUGCAAGUGAACCAGGCCGGCUGCUCGGCUUGUGUGUCCUCCGCCUUCUCUCCCUCCCUCGCCUUCCCAAUUGCCCCUUCUGCCCACAGCCACUAUCAAGUAGCUGCCCUCCAGCGUGGUUCCUCCUGCCAGGAUGGAGGGGAGUUUCCGUUGUGCCUUGCCUCCCUUCGGAAUAGUUGCAAGCAACUGGCAAGACUUAAGUCACACGUGGGGUUUCGUUUAGGUUGUUUCCCAUUAAGGUCACAAACUCCAGUUUUUGAGUUCCGGCCUGCCUUGAGAACUCUGACUCGCCAGCCUUUCGUUCUGUCCGAACCCCGUGGAGGAUCCUGCAGGGUGGAAGAAGCAUCCCUCUCCGUUUUGCCAAGCGAGACCCACAGAGGGGACUCCAGCUCGCUUCAGAGUCAGGAGUUCUCUUGCUCGUGUUGCACGGGGUUGGGCUGGAUGACCCUCGGGGGUUCCUUACGAUUCUGUGAGCUCUGCGUGUUCUCUAGGACUUUUGCUGGACACAGCCAUCUCUCUUGUGUGUGCUCCUUCGCCCCGGUUUAUUUCUGUGGAAAUCCAUCGAGUGCUUCUCAGCCCUGUCCCGGAAGCAGAAGGGGGGUUUUCCCACCGCCUUGCCUGUUGGUAAAAUCACCUCGCCACCAACACACACUGCUUUUUGUUGAUUUUUGUUGCUGCUGCUGCUGCUGUUCAGGACUGGUCCAGCUGUCUUAAAACGUGUUUUGUUUUUUUAUUUUAUAUAUAUAUAUAAAAAGAAUCACAAUGCAAGCGUUUUCUAGGGACGUUUUGAAUUGCCCCAUUGCCGGAACGUUGGAAAGGUUAACGGAUCUCUGCACGGAGAAAGCUGGGCUGGCUUCCCCCUAGCGAGGCGGACGGGCAGGGUGGGGCCGCCUCCUGGGUCCCCCCGAGGUCCAAGCAAAGGCCUCGCUGGGUUCCCCAAGCCCGCCGUGGAGUGCCUGAGAAGCUAGCCCCCCCGCUGCCCCACUUUCCCCACACGUGCAGAGGAUGGUCCCCAAACACUGAGAAGGGGCGGCAUUGGAGAGAGAGAGAGAAAGGAAAGAAAAUACCUCUUGUUUUUAAAAUAAAAGGAUCAAUAUCAAUAUGUGCCAUGGUUUUGAGAAGAAUUCAUAGAAAAAUAGUAGGCCCACUUGAUUUCUAUUUCUUUUGUCAGUGCUUUUCAUAUCGGAGCCCAGGCAGUGAUGUGUACAGAGAGUAUCUUUGAAUAUCAAACGGAUUUUUCUUUGCUGUGUGUAAAAUAUUGAACAAUUAACUGUUUAUAUUAAAAAAACACAAAAACAAAAUUCUGAAUAAAUUAUCCAAGAAUGCCUCCG